UAAACAAAAAAAAAAACCAAAAACCAAGCAGAUAUGCCAGGUGGCAACUGUACCUCACACGAAGAUUGCAGUGAAGCGCAACAAUGUGGAUCGUCUGGUCAAUGUAUCGAUCCCUGUCACACACUCUGUGUGGGCGCGAUGAAGUGCGUCACCCUAGCUCAUAAGGUUACCACAUGCAUAUGCCCCAAGACUUUGACCAACAACAGCACUACUGCGAACUGCAUACCCACCAAUUUGACAGACGAACCGAUCGAAACUACAACGGAAUCAGUCAGUAUUAAGUACACGGUUAUGCAAUUGGCAAAUCAAACCGAAAUGCGAACACGUUAUACCGAUAUAGAAGCUGAGGAGGAAACAACAGUAUCUUAUAACACGACAACGGAAUCGUACAAAACUACCAAGCACCUUGCAAUUGACACUACACCAUCCGCUCCAGAUACAUCCAGUUUUCCUACUACAGAAACAAAUACCGCAGUAUCAAUAACUGACGAUCUGACCACCAUAGUCCCAGAUGAAAAUAAAACGACAACCCUAUUCACGGAACAAAGCACCAGCACAGCUCCAACAGUAACGGCAUCAAUUUCCUUCGAAACAUCUACAAAAUCCGAAUCAGCAACGAUUCCGAUAGAUAUUCGAAUGGAAACUGUACAACCAGUAGUAGCAAACGAUAGAUCGACACUUACACCCAUCUCUAGGAAAACUACCAUUCCAAUAUCUGCUUCAGAAACAUCAACGUCCCUUCCCCAAGACACUACCCGAAUAGGAAUGACCGAUUACACUACAGAAGAAGCUCCUGAAACUGUACCAACUGUAGUACCGAUCUCUAGGGAAACACGUAUGCCACCAUCGGCUUCUGAAACAACCACAUCCCUUCCAGGAGCUACUACCCGAAUGGGAAUGACCGAUUACACCACAGAAGGAGCUCCUAGGACUGUACCAACUGUUGUACCGAUCUCUAGGGAAACAACCCUUCCAUCUUCAGUUUCUGACACACCCACAUCCCUUCCAGGAGAUACAACUCGAAUGGGAACGACCGAUUACACAACAGAAGGAGCUCCUAGGACUGGACCAACUGUAGUGCCGAUAUCUAGGGAAAAUACCAGACCAACAUCUGGCUCUGACACCACAACAUCCCUGCCAGGAGGUACUACCCGAAUGGGAAUGACCGAUUACACAACAGAAGGCGCGCCUAGGUCUGGACCAACUGUUGUACCGAUCUCUAGCGAAACAACUGUGCCAACAUCUGCUUCUCACACAACAACAUCCCUUCCACAAGAUACAACUCGAAUAGGAAUGACCGAUUACACCACAGAAGGUGUGCCGGGGACUGUACCAACUGUAGGUCCAAUCGAAAGAUCCUCGCUUAAGCCCCUCUCUAGGGAAUCAACCGUGCCAACAUCGGCUUCUGAAACAACCACAUACCUUCCAGGAGAUACUACUCGAAUGGGAAUGACCGAUUACACAACAGAAGGAGCUCCUAAGACUGGACCAACUGUAGUACCGAUAUCUGGGGAAACAACUUUGUCAACACCGGCUUCCGAAACAACCACAUCCCUUUCAGGAGAUACUACUCGAAUGGGAAUGACCGAUUACACAACAGAAGGAGCUCCUAGGACUGGACCAACUGUAGUGCCGAUAUCUAGGGAAAAUACCAGACCAACAUCUGGCUCUGACACCACAACAUCCCUGCCAGGAGGUACUACCCGAAUGGGAAUGACCGAUUACACUACAGAAGGAGCUCCUAGGACUGUACAAACUGUAGUACCGAUCUCUAGGGAAACUACCCUUCCAUCUUCAGUUUCUGACACACCCACAUCCCUUCCAGGAGAUACUAAUCGAAUGGGAAUGACCGAUUACACAACAGAAGGAGCUCCUAGGACUGUACCAACUGUAGUACCGAUCUCUAGGGAAACUACCCUUCCAUCUUCAGUUUCUGACACACCCACAUCCCUUCCAGGAGAUACUACUCGAAUGGGAAUGACCGAUUACACAACAGAAGGAGCUCCUAGGACUGUACCAACUGUAGUACCGAUCUCAAAGGAAACAACCAUGCCAACCUCUGCUUCUGAAACAACCGCAUCCUUUCCACAAGAAACUACCGGAAUGGGAAUGACCGAUUACACAACAGAAGGCGCGCCUAGAACUGGACCAACUGUAGUACCGAUCUCUAGGGAAACAACUAUGCCAACAUCGGCUUCUGAAACAACCACAUCCCUUCCAGGAGAUACUACUCGAAUAGGAAAGAACGAUUACACAACAGAAGGAGCUCCUAGGACUGUACCAACUGUAGUACCGAUCUCAAAGGAAACAACCAUGCCAACCUCUGCUUCUGAAACAACCGCAUCCCUUCCACAAGAAUCUACCGGAAUGGGAAUGACCGAUUACACAACAGAAGGCGCGCCUAGGACUGGACCAACUGUAGUACCGAUAUCUGGGGAAACAACUUUGCCAACAACUGCUUCUGAAACAACCACAUACUUUCCAGGAGAUACUACUCGAAUGGGAAUGACCGAUUACACAACAGAAGGAGCUCCUAGGACUGUACAAACUGUAGUACCGAUCUCUAGGGAAACUACCCUUCCAUCUUCAGUUUAUGACACACCCACAUCCCUUCCAGGAGAUACUACUCGAAUGGGAAUGACCGAUUACACAACAGAAGGAGCUCCUAGGACUGUACCAACUGUAGUACCGAUCUCUAGGGAAACUACCCUUCCAUCUUCAGUUUCUGACACACCCAAAUCCCUUACAGGAGAUACUACUCGAAUGGGAAUGGCCGAUUACACAACAGAAGAAGCUCCUAGGACUGUACCAACUGUAGUACCGAUCUCAAAGGAAACAACCAUGCCAACCUCUGCUUCUGAAACAGCCACAUCCCUUCCACAAGAAACUACCAGAAUGGGAAUGACCGAUUACACCACAGAAGGUGUGCCGGGGACUGUACCAACUGUAGUUCCAAUCGAAAGAUCCUCGCUUAAGCCCCUCUCUAGGGAAACAACCGUGCCAACAUCUGCUUCUGAAACAACCACAUACCUUCCAGGAGAUACUACUCGAAUGGGAAUGACCGAUUACACUACAGAAGAAGCUCCUAAAACUGUACCAACUGUAGUACCGAUCUCUAGGGAAACAACUAUGCCAACAUCUGCUUCUGAAACAACCACAUACCUUCCAGGAGAUACUACUCGAAUGAGAAUGACCGAUUACACAACAGAAGGAGCUCAUAGGACUGUACAAACUGUAGUACCGAUCUCUAGGGAAACUACCCUACCAUCUUCAGUUUCUGACACACCCACAUCCCUUCCAGGAGAUACUACCCGAAUGGGAAUGACCGAUUACACUACAGAAGAUGCUCCUAAAACUGUAUCAACUGUAGUACCAAUCUCUAGGGAAACAACUAUGCCAACAUCGGCUUCUGAAACAACCACAUACCUUCCAGGAGGUACUAUUCGAAUGGGAAUGACCGAUUACACAACAGAAGGAGCUCCUAGGACUGGACCAACCGUAGUACCGAUAUCUGGAGAAACAACUUUGUCAACAUCUGCUUCUGAAGCAACCACAUCCCUGCCAGGAGAUAAUACUCGAAUGGGAAUGACCGAUUACACAACAGAAGGAGCUCCUAGGACUGUACCAACUGUAGUACCGAUCUCAAAGGAAACAACCAUGCCAACCUCUGCUUCUGAAACAACCACAUCCCUUCCAGGAGAUACUACUCGAAUGGGAAUGACCGAUUACGCUACAGAAGAAGCUCCUAAAACUGUACCAACUGUAGUACCCAUCUCUAGGGAAACAACUAUGCCAACAUCGGCUUCUGGAACAACCACAUCCCUUCCAGGAGAUACUACUCGAAUGGGAAUGACCGUUUACACAACAGAAGGAGCUCCUAGGACUGUACCAACUGUAGUACCGGUCUCAAAGGAAAAAACCAUGCCAACCUCUGCUUCUGAAACAACCGCAUCCCUUCCACAAGAAACUACCGGUAUGGGAAUGACCGAUUACACAACAGAAGGCGCGCCUAGGACUGGACCAACUGUAGAACCGAUCUAUAGGGAAACAACUAUGCCAACAUCUGCUUCUGACAAAACAACAUCCGUUCCACAAGAAACAACCCGAAUACGAAUGACCGAUUACACCACAGAAGGUGUGCCGGGGACUGUACCAACUGUAGUUCCAAUCGAAAGAUCCUCGCUUAAGCCCCUCUCUAGGGAAACAACCGUGCCAACAUCGGAUUCUGAAACAACCACAUCCCUUCCAAGAGAUACAACCCGAAUGGGAAUGACCGAUUACACUAUAGAAGAAGCUCCUAAAACUGUACCAACUGUAGUACCGAUCUCUAGGGAAACUACCCCUCCAUCUUCAGUUUCUGGCACACCCACAUCCCUUCCAGGAGAUACUACUCGAAUGGGAAUGACCGAUUACACUACAGAAGAAGCUCCUAAAACUGUACCAGCUGUAGUACCCAUCUCUAGGGAAACAACUAUGCCAACAUCGGCUUCUGAAACAACCACAUCCCUUCCAGGAGAUACUACUCGAAUGGGAAUGACCGAUUACACAACAGAAGGAGCUCCUAGGACUGGACCAACUGUAGGACCGAUAUCUGGGGAAACAACUUUGCCAACAUCUGCUUCUGACACAACAAGAUCCCUUCCAGGAGAUACUACUCGAAUGGGAAUGACCGUUUACACAACAGAAGGAGCUCCUAGGACUGUACCAACUGUAGUUCUAAUCGAAAGAUCCUCGCUUAAGCCCCUCUCUAGGGAAACAACCAUGCCAACAUUGGCUUCUGAAACAACCACAUCCCUUCCAGGAGAUACUACCCGAAUGGGAAUGACCGAUUACACUACAGAAGAAGCUCCUAAAACUGUACCAACUGUAGUACCGAUCUCUCGGGAAACAACCAUGCCAACAUUGGCUUCUGAAACAACCACAUCCCUUCCAGGAGAUACUACUCGAAUGGGAAUGACCGAUUACACAACAGAAGGAGCUCCUAGGACUGGACCAACUGUAGUACCGAUAUCUGGGGAAACAACUUUGCCAAUAUCUGCUUCUGACACAACAAGAUCCCUUCCAGGAGAUACUACUCGAAUGGGAAUGACCGUUUACACAACAGAAGGAGCUCCUAGGACUGCACCAACUGUAGUUCUAAACGAAAGAUCCUCGCUUAAGCCCCUCUCUAGGGAAACAACCGUGCCAACAUCGGAUUCUGAAACAACCACAUCCCUUCCAAGAGAUACUACCCGAAUAGGAAUGACCGAUUACACUACAGAAGAAGCUCCUAAAACUGUACCAACUGUAGUACCGAUCUCUAGGGAAACAACUAUGCCAACAUCGGCUUCUGAAACAACCACAUCCCCUCCAGGAGAUACUACUAGAAUGGGAAUGACCGAUUACACAACAGAAGGAGCUCCAAGGACUGUACAAACUGUAGUACCGAUCUCUAGGGAAACUACCCUUCCAUCUUCAGUUUCUGACACACGCACAUCCCUUCCAGGAGAUACUACUCGUAUGGGAAUGACCGAUUACACAACAGAAGGAGCUCCUAAGACUGUACCAAAUGUAGUACCAAUAUCUAGGGAAACAACUAUGCCAACAUCGGAUUCUGAAACAACCACAUCCCCUCCAGGAGAUACUACUCGAAUGGGAAUGACCGAUUACACAACAGAAGGAGCUCCAAGGACUGUACAAACAGUAGUACCGAUCUCUAGGGAAACUACCCUUCCAUCUUCAGUUUCUGACACACGCACAUCCCUUCCAGGAGAUACUACUCGUAUGGGAAUGACCGAUUACACAACAGAAGGAGCUCCUAAGACUGUACCAAAUGUAGUACCAAUAUCUGGGGAAACAACUUUGCCAACAUCUGCUUCUGAAACAACCACAUACCUUCCAGGAGAUACUACUCGAAUGGGAAUGACCGAUUACACAACAGAAGGAGCUCCUAAGACUGGACCAACUGUACUACCGAUAUCUGGGGAAACAACUUUGGCAACACCGGCUUCCGAAACAACCACAUCCUUUUCAGGAGAUACUACUCGAAUGGGAAUGACCGAUUACACAACAGAAGGAGCUCCUAGGACUGGACCAACUGUAGUACCGAUAUCUGGGGAAACAACUUUGCCAACAUCUGCUUCUGACAAAACAACAUCCGUUCCACAAGAAACAACCCGAAUAGGAAUGACCGAUUACACCACAGAAGGUGUGCCGGGGACUGUACCAACUGUAGUUCCAAUCGAAAGAUCCUCGCUUAAGCCCUUCUCUAGGGAAACAACCGUGCCAACAUCGGAUUCUGAAACAACCACAUCCCUUCCAAGAGAUACUACCCGAAUGGGAAUGACCGAUUACACUACAGAAGAAGCUCCUAAAACUGUACCAACUGUAGUAGCGAUCUCUAGGGAAACAACUAUGCCAACAUCGGCUUCUGAAACAACCACAUCCCUUCCAGGAGAUACUACUCGAAUGGGAAUGACCGAUUACACAACAGAAGGAGCUCCUAAAACUGUACCAACUGUAGUACCGAUCUCUAGCGAAACAACUAUGCCAACAUCUGCUUCUGACACAACAACAGCCCUUCCACAAGAAACAACCCGAAUAGGAAUCACCGAUUACACCACAGAAGGUGUGCCGGGGACUGUACCAACUGUAGUUCCAAUCGAAAGAUCCUCGCUUAAGCCCCUCUCUAGGGAAACAACCGUGCCAACAUCGGAUUCGGAAACAACCACAUCCCUUCCAAGAGAUACUACCCGAAUGGGAAUGACCGAUUACACUACAGAAGAAGCUCCUAAAACUGUACCAACUGUAGUAGCGAUCUCUAGGGAAACAACUAUGCCAACAUCGGCUUCUGAAACAACCACAUCCCUUCCAGGAGAUACUACUCGAAUGGGAAUGACCGAUUACACAACAGAAGGAGCUCCUAGGACUGGACCAACUGUAGUACCGAUCUAUAGGGAAACAACUAUGCCAACAUCUGCUUCUGACAAAACAACAUCCGUUCCACAAGAAACAACCCGAAUAGGAAUGACCGAUUACACCACAGAAGGUGUGCCGGUGACUGUACCAACUGUAGUUCCAAUCGAAAGAUCCUCGCUUAAGCCCCUCUCUAGGGAAACAACCGUGCCAACAUCGGAUUCGGAAACAACCACAUCCCUUCCAAGAGAUACUACCCGAAUGGGAAUGACCGAUUACACUACAGAAGAAGCUCCUAAAACUGUACCAACUGUAGUAGCGAUCUCUAGGGAAACAACUAUGCCAACAUCGGCUUCUGAAACAACCACAUCCCUUCCAGCAGAUACUACUCGAAUGGGAAUGACCUAUUACACAACAGAAGGAGCUCCUAGGACUGGACCAACUGUAGUACCGAUCUAUAGGGAAACAACUAUGCCAACAUCUGCUUCUGACAAAACAACAUCCAUUCCACAAGAAACAACCCGAAUAGGAAUGACCGAUUACACCACAGAAGGUGUGCCGGGGACUGUACCAACUGUAGUUCCAAUCGAAAGAUCCUCGCUUAAGCCCCUCUCUAGGGAAACAACCGUGCCAACAUCGGAUUCUGAAACAACCACAUCCCUUCCAAGAGAUACUACCCGAAUGGGAAUGACCGAUUACACUACAGAAGAAGGUCCUAAAACUGUACCAACUGUAAUAGCGAUCUCUAGGGAAACAACUAUGCCAACAUCGGCUUCUGAAACAACCACAUCGCUUCCAGGAGAUACUACUCGAAUGGGAAUGACGGAUUACAUAACAGAAGGCGCGCCUAGGACUGGACCAACUGUAGUACCGAUCUCUAGCGAAACAACUAUGCCAACAUCUGCUUCUGACACAACAACAGCCCUUCCACAAGAAACAACCCGAAUAGGAAUCACCGAUUACACCACAGAAGGUGUGCCGGGGACUGUACCAACUGUAGUUCCAAUCGAAAGAUCCUCGCUUAAGCCCCUCUCUAGGGAAACAACCGUGCCAACAUCGGAUUCGGAAACAACCACAUCCCUUCCAAGAGAUACUACCCGAAUGGGAAUGACCGAUUACACUACAGAAGAAGCUCCUAAAACUGUACCAACUGUAGUAGCGAUCUCUAGGGAAACAACUAUGCCAACAUCGGCUUCUGAAACAACCACAUCCCUUCCAGGAGAUACUACUCGAAUGGGAAUGACCGAUUACACAACAGAAGGAGCUCCUAGGACUGGACCAACUGUAGUACCGAUCUAUAGGGAAACAACUAUGCCAACAUCUGCUUCUGACAAAACAACAUCCGUUCCACAAAAAACAACCCGAAUAGGAAUGACCGAUUACACCACAGAAGGUGUGCCGGGGACUGUACCAACUGUAGUUCCAAUCGAAAGAUCCUCGCUUAAGCCCCUCUCUAGGGAAACAACCGUGCCAACAUCGGAUUCUGAAACAACCACAUCCCUUCCAAGAGAUACUACCCGAAUGGGAAUGACCGAUUACACUACAGAAAAAGGUCCUAAAACUGUACCAACUGUAGUAGCGAUCUCUAGGGAAACAACUAUGCCAACAUCGGCUUCUGAAACAACCACAUCGCUUCCAGGAGAUACUACUCGAAUGGGAAUGACGGAUUACACAACAGAAGGCGCGCCUAGGACUGGACCAAUUGUAGUACCGAUCUCUAGCGAAACAACUAUGCCAACAUCUGCUUCUGACACAACAACAGCCCUUCCACAAAAAACAACCCGAAUAGGAAUCACCGAUUACACCACAGAAGGUGUGCCGGGGACUGUACCAACUGUAGUUCCAAUCGAAAGAUCCUCGCUUAAGCCCCUCUCUAGGGAAACAACCGUGCCAACAUCGGAUUCUGAAACAACCACAUCCCUUCCAAGAGAUACUACCCGAAUGGGAAUGAUCGAUUACACUACAGAAGACGCUCCUAAGACUGUACCAACUGUAGUACCAAUCUCUAGCGAAACAACUAUGCCAACAUCGGCUUCUGAGACAACCACAUACCUUCCAGGAGAUACCAUUCGAAUGGGAAUGACCGAUUACACAACAGAAGUUGCUCCUAGGACUGGACCAACCGUAGUACCGAUAUCUGGAGAAACAACUUUGUCAACAUCUGCUUCUGAAACAUCCACAUCCCUGCCAAGAGAUAAUACUCGAAUGGGAAUGACCGAUUACACAACAGAAGGAGCUCCUAGGACUGUACCAACAGUAGUACCGAUCUCAAGGGAAACAACCAUGCCAACCUCUGCUUCUGAAACAACCACAUCCCUUCCACAAGAAACUACCGGAAUGGGAAUGACCGAUUACACCACAGAAGGUGUGCCGGGGACUGUACCAACUGUAGUUCCAAUCGAAAGAUCCUCGCUUAAGCCCCUCUCUAGGGAAACAACCGUGCCAACAUCGGAUUCUGAAACAACCACAUCCCUUCCAAGAGAUACUACCCGAAUGGAAAUGACCGAUUACACUAUAGAAGAAGCUCCUAAAACUGUACCAACUGUAGUACCGAUCUCUAGGGAAACAACUAUGCCAACAUCGGCUUCUGAAACAACCACAUCCCUUCCAGGAGAUACUACUCGAAUGGGAAUGACCGAUUACACUAUAGAAGAAGCUCCUAAAACUGUACCAGCUGUAGUACCGAUCUCUAGGGAAACAACUAUGCCAACAUCGGCUUCUGAAACAACCUCAUCCCUUCCAGGAGAUACUACUCGAAUGGGAAUGACCGAUUACACAACAGAAGGAGCUCCUAGGACUGGACCAACUGUAGUACCGAUAUCUGGGGAAACAACUUUGCCAACAUCUGCUUCUGAAACAACCACAUACCUUCCAGGAGAUACUACUCGAAUGGGAAUGACCGAUUACACAACAGAAGGAGCUCCUAGGACUGGACCAACUGUAGUGCCGAUAUCUAGGGAAAAUACCAGGCCAACAUCUGGCUCUGACACCACAACAUCCCUGCCAGGAGGUACUACCCGAAUGGGAAUGACCGAUUACACAACAGAGGGAGCUUUUAGGACUGUACCAACUGUAGUACUGCUCUCUGGGGAAACAACUUUGCCAACAUCUGCUUCUGAAACAACCACAUACCUUCCAGGAGAUACUACUCGAAUGGGAAUGACCGAUUACACAACAGAACGAGCUCCUAGGACUGGACCAACUGUAGUACCGAUAUCUGGGGAAACAACUUUGCCAACAUCUGCUUCUGAAACAACCACAUACCUUCCAGGAGAUACUACUCGAAUGGGAAUGACCGAUUACACAACAGAAGGAGCUCCUAGGACUGAACCAACCGUAUUACCGAUAUCUGGGGAAACAACUUUGCCAACAUCUGCUUCUGAAACAACCACAUACCUUCCAGGAGAUACUACUCGAAUGGGAAUGACCGAUUACACAACAGAAGGAGCUCCUAGGACUGAACCAACCGUAUUACCGAUAUCUGGGGAAACAACUUUGCCAACAUCUGCUUCUGAAACAACCACAUACCUUCCAGGAGAUACUACUCGAAUGGGAAUGACCGAUUACACAACAGAAGGAGCUCCUAGGACUGGACCAAUUGUAGUACCGAUAUCUGGGGAAACAACUUUGCCAACAUCUGCUUCUGACACAACAAGAUCCCUUCCAGGAGAUACUACUCGAAUGGGAAUGACCGAUUACACAACAGAAGGAGCUCCUAGGACUGGACCAACCGUAUUACCGAUAUCUGGGGAAACAACUAUGCCAACAUCUGCUUCUGAAACAACCACAUACCUUCCAGCAGAUACUACUCGAAUGGGAAUGACGGAUUACACAACAGAAGGCGCGCCUAGGACUGGACCAACUGUAGUACCGAUCUCUAGGGAAACAACUAUGCCAACAUCUGCUUCUGACACAACAACAUCCCUUCCACAAGAAACAACCCGAAUAGGAAUGACCCAUUACACCACAGAAGGUGUGCCGGGGACUGUAUCAACUGUAGUUCCAAUCGAAAGAUCCUCGCUUAAGCCCCUCUCUAGGGAAACAACCGUGCCAACAUCGGAUUCUGAAACAACCACAUCCCUUCCAAGAGAUACUACCCGAAUAGGAAUGACCGAUUACACUACAGAAGAAGCUCCUAAAUCUGUACCAACUGUAGUACCGAUCUCUAGGGAAACAACUAUGCCAACAUCGGAUUCUGAAACAACCACAUCCCUUCCAAGAGAUACUACCCGAAUGGGAAUGACCGAUUACACUACAGAAGAAGCUCCUAAAAAGCUACCAACUGUAGUACCGAUCUCUAGGGAAACAACUAUGCCAAUAUCGGCUUCUGAAACAACCACAUCCUUUCCAAGAGAUACUACCCAGAUGGAACUGACCGAUUACACUACAGAAGGAGCUCCUAAGACUGUACCAACUGUAGUACCGAUAUCUGGGGAAACUACCAGGCUAACAUCUGCUUCUGACACCACAACAUCCCUUCCAGGAGAUACUACCCGAAUGGGAAUGACUUAUUACACAACAGAAGGAGCUCCUAGGACUGUACCAACUGUAGUACUGAUCUCUAGGGAAACAACUAUGCCAACAUCGGAUUCUGAAACAACCACAUCCCUUCCAAGAGAUACUACCCGAAUGGGAAUGACCGAUUACACUACAGAAGAAGCUCCUAAAAAGGUACCAACUGUAGUACCGAUCUCUAGGGAAACAACUAUGCCAACAUCUGCUUCUGAAGCAAGCACAUCCCUUCCAGGAGAUACUACCCAAAUGGGAAUGACCGAUUAUACUACAGAAGUACCGGCAAGGCUUAUGCCAACUCUUAGUUCAUUCAAUAGAUCCACCAUCCCAAUUGCUUCAAAGGAAACAGAGCCCACUCCUAUAUCGGUAGUGACGCCUGUUUCUGCGGUUGGUAUGCCAAAUGCCACCGAAAGAACUGUGACUAUUACUCCGACAAUAAAUUGCAUGACUGAAAACGACUGCUCUGACGAUGAGACUUGUGUGGCAGGCAUAUGCAUAUCACCUUGUGAGUACUAUCAAAAUGUUUGCACUGUGCAAAAUUUGACUGUCUGUCGUACAUUGAACCACACCACAAUGUGCUUUUGUGAUACCGCCGCUGAUGUAAAUAGACCCGAUUGCUCUAUGAAAGCAGAAAUCGGUUGCGCAUCGAGUGAUGAGUGUCCCACCCAGCAGGCGUGCAUCAAUGCGCUUUGCGUGGAUCCCUGUACCUACAGUAAUCCCUGCAGCCGUACCGAAGACUGUCGAGUUCUCAACCAUCAGCCUUUGUGCUCUGCAGAAAUGGGUCGCACUCCUGGGUGCGAGCACUGUCCGCCGGGUGCAAAUUGCGAUCCCACCACUGGUGCUUGUAUCAAGGCUAAUGUAACAAUAACAACUAGUACUACCAAGAAACCAAGAACAACCAAGAGACCAACACCAACACCAAGAACAACUGCAACUACAACCACAACCACAACAACUGCUAACCCAAACAAAAGUGUCAAAACACCGACACCGACCACCACCACUACCUUCACUAGCACUGAAUCGAGCACAGCAUCCACAAGCGCUACUAACCAAACAACCAGUAAGAAUAAGCCACCAGACACCGAAAGCACAACAUCCCACACGGAUGCCACAAGGCGGUACCGCGAUGGAGAGAACAAUAUAACCGAUACACCGACGGCAAGGCCAUCGGUGGCAACGACGAAGUUGCGUGGCGAAGACGUGGCCGGCGACAGUCAACGGCGAACCACAACGACGCCAAAGAUGAAGACCACGCGUUUGGAUACAUCCAAUGAAGUGCCCGAUGCGACAACAACCUGGCCGACCGAGCUGCCAACCACUGAUGGCACCACAACGGAGAUCUACAGCACAAUUAUUGUCCCACUGGGAGGCAACAACGCCACCACCACUACUGACAUCUCAUUAAUUAACCCAUGUACAGUAGAUACUAACUGUGCUCCUAACGAGCACUGUAAGCUGGGCAAUUGCCGUAAGAAAGAGCCACCGGGUACACCGAAAACACCAGAGCCCUGCCAAUCGAACAACGAUUGCAUUGAGAGCGAGGCCUGUUACAUGGGUCUGUGCCAGGAUCCGUGCGAAUUUGCCAAGAUAUGUGCCGCGAGUGCCAAGUGUACGGCUAAGAGUCAUCGACCCAUUUGCACCUGUCCGCAGGGACAUGAGGGCAAUCCGAUGGUCAAGUGUGUGCCCACCGAAACCUCAAUUGAAUGCACAGACAAUUCCGACUGCGGAGUGACGGAGGCUUGCAUCAAUGAAAGAUGCCAGCAUCCAUGCGAUGUUCACGAUCCCUGUGCCACGAAUGCCAUUUGCAUCAACACCAACCAUGCGGCCGACUGCAGUUGUGCCGAUGGUUUCCAGGGCAAUGGACUUGUCGGCUGUCAGCCAGCACGCACCCAUGUCUGCCAAUACAACGAGGACUGUCCACCGACGAAACUCUGCGAUCGCCUCAACCGUCGCUGCAUCAAUCCCUGCCAAGAGGAUUCCUGUGGCGAGAAUGCCGAGUGCGUACCAAUCAACCACGGAACUGAUUGUCGCUGUCUGCCCGGCUUCCUGGGCAAUGCAUAUGUGCAGUGUUCGCCGCUGCAGGGAUGUCGUGCCGACACCGAGUGCGAUUCUAGUCAGGCCUGCAUCAAUGGAAAGUGUGCAUCGCCCUGUCAGUGCGGCGCCUUUGCACUCUGCGAUGUGAUCAACCAUCGUGGGGUGUGCAAGUGUCCGCCUGGAUACAAUGGAAAUCCCCAGGUGGGCUGCAGUCCGCCGCAGAAUCCCUGCGAUCCCAAUCCCUGUGGCCUCAGUGCCCUGUGCGAACUGGACAACGGCAAUCCCAUUUGCUACUGUCCCAAGGGACUCACAGGAAAUCCAUUCAAGAAUUGCAUCCCGGAAGGCGAUGAAUGCACACCGAAUCCUUGCGGACCCAACUCCGGAUGUCGUCGCGUGGAUGGGCAAUCCGUCUGCUUCUGCCUGCCCGAAUACGAGGGUCAGCCCCCUUUGAUAGCCUGCGAGCUGCCGUCGAACCCAUGCGGACCGUCGCCGUGCGGCCCCAACACACAGUGCACCGUCCUGAGCAACGGCUUCUCCAAGUGCACCUGCCUGCCGGGUUACGUGGAGAGCCCCAACACCAUUCGUGGCUGUGUGGAGCCCAUCAAUCCGUGCGAUCCCAGCCCCUGUGGCACUGGUGCCAUCUGCGACUCGUCGCGCCAACCAGUGUGCUACUGUCCGGACAACAAGAUCGGAAAUCCCUUCAGGCUGUGCGAGAAGCCCGCGGUGUCAAUUGAGCUCUGCCAGCCAGGUCCUUGCGGCCGAAAUGCCGACUGCUAUGUGGCCGGUAAUCGUGAGGAAUGCUACUGUCGCUCAGGAUAUGUCGGCGAUGCCUACCAAGGAUGCCACGAGCCAAGUCGCACCGUCUGUGACCCGAAUCCAUGCGGACCCAAUGCCAAUUGCGUUGUCGCCGGCGAUGGACAAACCGCCUGCGUUUGUCCCGAAGGUCUCUCCGGUGAUCCCACAUCGCUGGUGGGCUGCCACGGCUAUGAGUGCCAGGUUGAUGCCGAUUGUCCCCACAGCAAAGCCUGCAUGGGCUUCCGCUGCUACGAUCCCUGCCCCGGAGCUUGCGGCCAUGGAGCCAACUGUCGCGUUGAGGAGCAUCACCCCGUUUGCUCGUGCAAUGCUGGCUUGACUGGCAACCCAGGAGUCCGUUGCUAUGCCCUGGACCAUCCGAAGACCAAUCCGUGUGUGCCCAGUCCCUGUGGCGUCAAUAGCGAGUGCAAACUGCUAAACAAUCGCGCCGUCUGCUCCUGCAUUCCCGGCUACCUAGGCGAUCCAGAGUCGGGCUGCCAGCCGGAGUGCGACAUCAACUCGGACUGCGGCGAGAUCCUGUCGUGCAUUAACCACAAGUGCGUGGAUCCCUGUGCAGGAGCUAUUUGCGGUAUCAAUGCCAUUUGCAAUGUCCGCCAGCAUACGCCAGUAUGCCAUUGCUUGGACGGAUUCGCCGGCGAUGCCUUCCUUCAAUGCGUGCCGAUUGGAAUUUUGAAGAACGUGUCGCGCGACCCGUGUGCUCCGUCACCCUGCGGACCGCACGACGUCUGCUCGGUCUAUGGCGAUGGUGUGGCACUGUGUGAUCCCUGUUUUGGACCCAAUGCCCAGCAGAAUCCACGCUGCCGACCCGAGUGUGUGGCCAACUCCGACUGUCCCUUCGAUCGUGCCUGUUUGGGUCAGCGCUGCCUCGAUCCUUGCCCCGGCUCCUGCGGACGCAGUGCCCAGUGUAAUGUGUACGAACACAAUCCGGUGUGUUCCUGCCCCGUAGGGCUCUAUGGCAAUCCAUACGAGCAGUGCACCAUUCAAUCGGCAAUUGUACCAACUCCAGCGCCAAGCUGCGCAAAGCUGCAGUGCGGCGCCAAUGCUGAAUGCAAGCGGGCGCCCGGUGGCCUCGCCUGCGUCUGCCGCAAGGGAUACUUUGGUGAUCCACAUGUUGGCUGUCGUCCAGAGUGCGUGCUCAAUAGCGACUGUCCCGCGGACAAGGCCUGCAUGAACUCCAAGUGCGUAGAAGCCUGUGCUGGCGUGUGUGGCAUCAAUGCCGUCUGCCGUGUGGUGAACCAUGCCCCAGUGUGCAUCUGUUCUGAGGGUUACAGUGGAGAUGCCUCCAUUGCCUGUAAUCCUUACUAUCUGCCACCCGUUUCACCGCCCAUUGUGAGGCCACAUCCGUGCGAACCCUCGCCCUGCGGUCCCAAUUCCCGCUGUCUGGCCACCCCCGAGGGAUAUGCCGCCUGCUCCUGCCUGCCAAACUUCAAGGGAGCCCCGCCCGUCUGCCAGCCCGAGUGCGUCGUAAGCUCCGAGUGUGCUCCCAACCAGGCCUGUCUCAACCAGAGAUGCGCGGAUCCAUGUCCCGGUAUCUGCGGUGUCGGAGCCCGCUGCGAGGUGCUCAAUCACAAUCCCAUUUGCUCGUGCGAGCAAAAGUUCGAGGGAGAUCCGUUUGUUGCCUGCUCUCCCAUACCCGAGCCGGGUCGCGAGGUGGAUCUGCCCAAGAAUCCGUGCGUGCCCUCGCCCUGCGGACCCAACUCCAUUUGCCAGAUCAAACAGAACCGCCCCGUCUGCUCGUGUGUGGCCAACUACAUUGGCAGUCCGCCCUAUUGCCGGCCAGAGUGCACACUGAGCAGCGAGUGUCCUUCGGACAAGGCCUGCAUCCAUGAGAAGUGCCAGAAUCCCUGUGCCAAUGUCUGUGGACACAACGCCCGUUGUACGGUCAUCGCCCACUCCGCUCACUGCAGCUGCGACCAGGGUUACGAGGGAGAUGCCUUCAUCGGCUGCUCUCAGACAAAAGAAGAGAAAUCGGGUGAUGACUUUGGACCCUGCUAUCCCAAUCCUUGUGCCGAGAAUGCCGUGUGCACACCACACAACAAUGCCGCUCGCUGUAGCUGCAUUGAACCGUACUUUGGAGAUCCGUACAGCACUGGAUGCCGGCCCGAAUGUAUCUACAACUCGGAAUGCCCCUCGUCGCUGGCCUGCAUCAAACAGCACUGUCGCAAUCCUUGCACAGCUGCCUGUGGAGCCAAUGCCGAGUGUGCCGUGGUCAACCACUUGCCAUCCUGUAGUUGCACCCGCGGUCACGAGGGAGAUCCGUUCGUGGGUUGCAAGCGUAUGCCUGUGGGACCUGUGAGCGUCUGUGAACCGAAUCCUUGUGGCCCCAACAGCAUCUGCCGAACGGUCGAGGGCCAUCCCACGUGUAGCUGCCAAGUGGGUUACUUUGGUGCCCCGCCACAGUGCCGGCCUGAGUGCGUCGUCAGCUCGGAAUGCUCGCAACAUCUGGCGUGCAUCAACCAGAAGUGUACUGAUCCGUGUGCCGAAACCUGCGGCUUCAAUGCCAAGUGUCAAGUGAAUAACCACAACCCGAUAUGCUCUUGUCCCAGAGACUACAUUGGCGAUCCCUUUGAACAAUGUGUUCCUAAACCAUCUGAACCGCCAAAGAAUUUGGAUCCCUGCCUGCCCAGUCCAUGUGGACCCAAUGCCAAUUGUCGGAAUGUGAACAAUCGCGCCGAAUGCUCCUGUGCUCCGGGCAUGUUCGGAGCCCCACCGAGCUGCCGACCCGAGUGCGUUAUCAAUCAGGAUUGUCCAUCCAACCGGGCUUGCAUUCGCCAGAGAUGCGAGGAUCCUUGCAUUGGAAUCUGUGGCUUCAAUGCCCACUGCUCUACACAGCAUCAUCAGCCCAAGUGUGGGUGCAUUGAGGGCUUCGAAGGCGACCCGUACACCGGUUGCAACAUGCGGGAGAUCGUGGUUCCGGACGAACCAGCCGAUCCAUGUCACCCAUCCCCAUGUGGUGCCAAUGCCAUCUGUCGCGAACGCAAUGGUGCCGGCUCAUGCAGCUGCAUCCAGAACUAUUUCGGUGAUCCGUACAUAAACUGCCGCCCCGAGUGCGUGCAGAACAGUGAUUGUCCCGCGAGCAGGUCCUGCAUCAACAUGAAGUGCGGCGAUCCCUGCGCCAAUGCCUGUGGCUUCAAUGCCAUCUGCCGUGUGGCCCAUCACCAGGCGGUUUGUAGCUGUGAACCCGGUUUCACAGGCAAUCCGCAACGCGCCUGCGUCGAGCGUCCCUCAAAUAUAUACCUGCCCUUGCCCAAAGACCCUUGUAGACCAUCGCCCUGUGGCCUGUUUAGCACUUGCCACGUGGCUGGAGAUCACCCCGUUUGCGCUUGCCUUCCGGACUACCUUGGCGUUCCGCCCAACUGCAAGCCCGAGUGCCGCACAAGUGCAGAAUGUCCCUCGGAUAGGGCGUGUAUCAAUCAACGUUGCCGCGAUCCCUGUCCCGGCACUUGUGGCUACAAUGCGCGUUGUCGCUGCACGAAUCACUCCCCCAUUUGUAGCUGCAUCGACGGCUACACCGGUGAUCCGUUCCAUCAGUGUCUGCCCGAAAGAAAACCGGAGCCGAUACCAGACCCCAUCGUGCCAUUGAAUCCCUGCGUACCAUCGCCCUGCGGUCCCAACUCCCAGUGCCAGGUGGCCAGCACCGGAGCCGUGUGCUCCUGCGUGGCCAACUACAUUGGACGUCCGCCGGCCUGCCGGCCAGAGUGUAGCAUCAAUUCGGAGUGCCCCGCCCGGAUGGCCUGUAUGAAUGCGCGUUGUGCCGACCCGUGCAUCGGUUCCUGCGGCAACAAUGCCCUCUGUCAUGUCAGUCAACAUGCUCCGGUGUGCAUGUGCGAGCCUGGCUUCAGUGGCGAUCCCUUCACCGGCUGCUACAAGAUCUUAGAAACGCCCAUUGAGGUCUCACAACCCUGUCGCCCCAGUCCUUGCGGCUUGAAUGCCUUGUGCGAGGAGCGAAAUCGCGCUGCUGCCUGUAAAUGUCUGCCCGAAUACUUUGGGGAUCCGUACACCGAGUGUCGCCCCGAGUGCGUCAUCAAUUCGGACUGCCCCAAGUCGCGGGCGUGCGUCAAUCAGAGAUGCGUCGAUCCCUGUCCCGGGAUGUGCGGCCACAGCGCCCUGUGCGCUGUCUUCAAUCAUGCACCCAACUGUGAAUGCCUGCCCGGCUACACGGGAAACCCCAUUGUCGGCUGUCACCUGGUGCCCGAGACGCUACGCUAUCCCGACCCAAUAGUACCCGAAAAUCCAUGCCAACCCUCGCCCUGCGGCCUCUACAGCAACUGCCGCCCGGUCAACGGCCAUGCAGUGUGCUCCUGCGUGCCCAACUACAUUGGCUCCCCACCGAACUGCAGGCCCGAGUGCAUGAGCAGCUCGGAGUGCGCGCAGGACAAGUCGUGUCUGAACGAGCGGUGCAAAGAUCCCUGCCCGGGCACCUGUGGCAACAAUGCGCUCUGCCGUGUCGUUAACCAUAAUCCCAUCUGCUCCUGCAGCCCUGGCUUCAGCGGUGAUCCAUUUGUGCGCUGCUUCCCACAAGAAAAACGCCCCAUCGUCCAUGAUCGCGUCGAGCCAUGCGUGCCCUCGCCGUGCGGGGCAAACUCUCAGUGUCGGGUGUCGGCUAAUGAGCAGCCCGUCUGCUCAUGCUUGCAACAUUAUGUGGGUAGGGCGCCAAAUUGCCGACCCGAGUGCACUUCGAACUCGGAGUGUGCCGGCAACAUGGCCUGCAUCAAUCUGCGGUGCCGGGAUCCCUGCGUGGGUACCUGCGGAAGUCAGACCACGUGUCUUGUAAAUAAUCAUAGACCGAUAUGCCGCUGCCUCGAGGGCUAUGCGGGCGAUCCAUUCUCCGAGUGUAGUCCACAAACUAUCGUUCCGCCCGAGGUUGCACAGCCCUGCAAUCCCAGUCCCUGCGGCGCCAACGCGGUGUGCAACGAGCGCAAUGGUGUUGGCUCCUGUUCCUGCCUGCCCGAAUACAGUGGCGAUCCGUACACCGAAUGCCGGCCGGAGUGUGUCCUGAACAGCGACUGUUCGAAGAACCGCGCCUGCCUCAACAACAAGUGCCGCGAUCCCUGCCCAGGCGUUUGCGGUGUCUCCGCCGAGUGUCAUGUGAUUAACCACGCGCCCAGCUGCAGCUGCCCCUCCGGAUACACGGGCAACCCAUCGCAGUACUGCCGGGAAAUACCAAAAUUGGCCCCGCCUGUCCAGCCGUGUCGCCCGUCGCCAUGCGGCCCGUACAGCCAGUGCCGCGAGGUGAACGGACAUGCGGUCUGCUCAUGCACCACCAACUAUGUGGGCACUCCGCCCGCCUGUCGACCGGAGUGCUCUGUUAGUUCCGAGUGCUCCCAAGACAGGGCUUGCGUGAACUUGCGCUGUGUAGACCCCUGUCCCGGAACCUGCGGCCACGAGGCCAUUUGCAAGGUCACGAAUCACAAUCCCAUCUGCUCGUGCCCCAGUGGCUACAGCGGCGAUCCGUUUGUGCGAUGCGCUCCACGGCAACAAGAACCGGAGCAGCCCAAGUCCAAUGAGAAUCCCUGCGUGCCCAGUCCCUGCGGCCGCAACUCCCAAUGUCGCGUGGUGGGCGAGACUGGCGUCUGUUCCUGUCUGCCCAACUUCGUGGGCCGUGCGCCCAACUGUCGCCCAGAGUGCACCCUCAAUUCCGAGUGUCCUGCCAAUCUGGCGUGCAUCAAUGAGCGCUGCACAGACCCUUGUCCGGGAUCAUGCGGCUUCAAUGCUUACUGCAGUGUCGUUGGCCACUCGCCCAUCUGCUCGUGCGACAAUGGCUUCACUGGCGAUCCAUUCGCUGGCUGCAAUCCGCAACCUUUGCCAGAACCCGAUGAGCGCCUGACACCCUGCCAACCCUCGCCCUGUGGCCCCAAUGCCGAGUGCCGUGAACGCAGCGGCGCCGGCUCCUGUACGUGUCUGCCAGAGUACUUUGGCGAUCCGUACAGUGGCUGUCGUCCCGAGUGCGUGGUGAAUAGCGAUUGCUCACGCGACAAGUCCUGCGUCAACCAGAAAUGCGUGGACCCUUGUCCUGGCGUUUGUGGCCUGAACGCCGAGUGUCGUGUGUCCAAUCACUUGCCCAGCUGCUCGUGCCUGGCCGGCUACACUGGAAAUCCGUCGAGUGCAUGCCGUGAAAUACCCCAACUCCCACCCCCACCCCUGGCCGAUGUGAAUCCCUGUAGACCCUCGCCGUGCGGUCCGUACAGCCAGUGUCGGGAGAUCAAUAACCAUGCCGUGUGCUCUUGCCAGCCUGGACUCGUUGGCUCUGCCCCCAACUGUCGGCCCGAGUGUAUCAUAAGCUCCGAUUGUGCCCAAGAUCUCAACUGUCAGAAUCAGAAGUGUGUGGACCCGUGUCCGGGCACAUGCGGCAUUGAGGCACGUUGUCAGGUCAUAAACCACUAUCCUGCAUGCUCCUGUGCCCCAGGCUAUACCGGAGAUCCCUUCAAUCGGUGCACUAAAAUAUUGUUGGAGCCCACAAUACCCGAAAAGUCCGGUAAUCCCUGUGUACCCUCGCCGUGCGGACCCAACUCGAAAUGCAUCGAUGUGCGCGGUUCGCCUGCAUGCUCCUGUCUGCCGGACUACCUCGGCCGGCCGCCCAACUGUCGGCCCGAGUGCAUGAGUAGUGCGGACUGUCCGGCGAAUCUCGCGUGUGUCAACCAGCGCUGCGCAGAUCCGUGUGUUGGAGCUUGUGGCCAGAACUCUCUGUGCCAGGUGAUCAAGCAUCGUCCAACAUGCGAAUGCGUGCCUGGUUACACCGGCGAUCCGUUCUCCGGCUGUGCUGUUGUACAGCAAAUUACCCCAACGGAGGCGCCACGCAAUCCCUGCAAUCCCAGUCCAUGCGGCGCCAAUGCCGUGUGUCGCGAGCGCAACGGCGCCGGCUCCUGCACCUGUCUGCCCGAAUACUUUGGCGAUCCGUACAGUGGCUGCCGCCCGGAAUGUGUCCAGAACGAUGACUGCGAUCGCUCCCGUGCCUGCAUCAACAGCAAGUGCCAGGAUCCUUGUCCCGGUGCUUGCGGAAUCAAUGCCGAGUGCCGUGUCCUGAAUCAUGGUCCCAACUGCAACUGCUUCGAGGGCUACACGGGUGAUCCGCAUCGCUCCUGCGCUCUGCUUGAAGUGGUGACCCGACGACCCGAGAACCCAUGCCAGCCCUCGCCCUGUGGACCCUACAGCCAGUGCCUGGACACGAACAGCCAUGCGGUCUGCUCCUGCCUGGAGGGCUACAUCGGAGCACCGCCCAGCUGCAAGCCGGAAUGUGUCGUCAGCUCCGAGUGCCCCCAGAAUCGGGCGUGCAUCAAUCAGAAGUGCGCCGAUCCCUGUCGCGGUUCCUGCGGCAACAAUGCCAAGUGCCAGGUGGUGAACCACAAUCCCAUCUGCAGCUGCGUGCCCGGCAUGACCGGCGAUCCCAUCAGCGGCUGCACACCCAGCGAAGAUGCCAAGGAAUAUCAAGAGCCGUGUGUGCCCUCACCCUGUGGCCCCAAUGCCAUUUGCCGCGAGAUUGGAAACCAAGCGGCUUGCUCCUGCAAUGCCAACUUCAUUGGACGUCCGCCCAACUGCCGGCCAGAGUGCACCAACAACGACGAGUGCCAGAAUCAUCUAUCCUGCCAGCAGGAGCGCUGCGUCGAUCCCUGUCCUGGCUCAUGCGGCAGCAACGCCGUCUGUCAGGUAGUGCAACACAAUGCCGUCUGCUCCUGUGCCGAUGGCUACGAGGGUGAGCCGCUCUUUGGGUGCCAGCUGAUUCCCCUGCUGCUGCCCACCGAGGCGCCCACAUCGCCAUGCGAACCUUCGCCGUGCGGCCCCCAUGCCGAGUGUCGCGAACGCAACGGAGCCGGCGCCUGCUACUGCCAUGAGGGCUUCGAGGGCAAUCCCUACGAUGCGCAGCGCGGCUGCCGACGCGAGUGCGAGAUCAACGAUGAGUGCACGGCCGCCCAGGCGUGUGUCCGCUUCAAGUGUAUCGAUCCCUGCGACAAUAUGUGCGGGGAGUAUGCUCUCUGUACGGUGGAUAACCAUGUGCCCACCUGCACCUGUCCGGCCGGCUACAGCGGAGAUCCGUUCUUCAGCUGCAAGCCCGUGCCGGUUACCCCGCGUCCACCGCUGAACCCGUGCAAUCCCUCGCCCUGCGGCCCCAACAGCAACUGUCGCAGCAUCAACAACCAGGCCGUAUGCUCCUGCCAGUCGGGCUUCGUCAAUCAGCCGCCCAACUGCCGACCCGAGUGUAUAGUCAGUGCGGAGUGUGCCCCGGAACGUGCCUGUGUGAACAAGAAGUGUGUGGACCCAUGUCUGCACACCUGCGGCAUUCGUGCCAUCUGCAGUACCAAGAACCACAGCCCCAUCUGCACAUGCCCCCGCGGCAUGAGCGGUGAUCCCUUCGUUCAGUGCUCUAGGAUACCUAUAACACACGAUGUGACUACAGCAGAACCUCCAGCUGCAUCUUGUGUGCCUUCACCUUGCGGUCCCAAUGCCAAAUGCCAGAUUGUGGGCAAUAGUCCGGCCUGCUCCUGCUUGCCGAACUUUAUUGGCGCCCCACCACGUUGUCGGCCGGAAUGUGUCCUGAACUCCGAAUGCGGACCCACGGAGGCGUGCAUCAAUCAAAAGUGCGGCGAUCCGUGCUCUGGUUCCUGUGGCUUCGAGGCCAAGUGUCAUGUUCUGAACCAUCUGCCCAUUUGCAACUGCAUCGAGGGCUACGAAGGCGAUCCGUUUGUGCGCUGUACCGAGAAACCAGAAGGCAAGACCCCGCCGCCCGUCGCCAACGAUCCGUGCAAUCCGAGUCCAUGCGGCCCGAAUGCCGACUGCUUUGCCGGUGAGUGCCGCUGCCAGAAUAACUAUCAAGGAAACGCCUACGAAGGCUGCCGACCCGAGUGUACCCUCUCGGCGGACUGUCCGCGGGACAAGGCCUGCAUGCGGAACAAGUGUGUGGAUCCCUGCCCCGGAAUCUGUGGCAACAAUGCCGUUUGCGAGGUGAUGAACCACAUACCCGUAUGCUCCUGUCUGCAGGGCUACGAGGGCGAUCCGUUUACCAAUUGUCGCGUGAAGCCCAUCGAAGAUACACCUAAGGUCCAGGCCUGUGCUCCGUCCCCAUGCGGCUCGAACAGCCAGUGCCGCGAUGUCAAUGGACAUGCCGUCUGCUCGUGCCUGGAGGGAUACAUUGGGGCGCCGCCUCAAUGCCGUCCCGAAUGCGUGGUAUCUAGUGAAUGCUCUGCGCUACAGGCUUGUGUCAACAAGAAGUGCGUGGAUCCCUGCGCCGCUGCUUGUGGCCUGGAGGCACGCUGCGAGGUCAUCAAUCACAGCCCCAUCUGUGGCUGCCCUCCUGGCCGAACUGGAGAUCCCUUCAAGCAGUGCACAGAGAUAGCCGUGGCCCCGCCUCCAGAUGUUAAGGGAGCCCCCAGAGAUCCAUGUAUUCCCUCGCCGUGCGGACCCAACUCCAUAUGCAAGCCCGAUGAUCGAGGACCCGUGUGCCAGUGCCAGCCAGAGUUCUUUGGCUCGCCACCCAACUGCCGGCCAGAGUGCAUUAUCAAUCCCGACUGUGCCUCGACGCAGGCCUGCAUCAACAACAAGUGCCGCGAUCCCUGCCCCGGCUCGUGCGGCACAAACGCCGAAUGCCGCGUCAUCGGUCACACGGUCUCGUGCUCCUGCCCAGCGGGAUAUGCUGGCAACGCGUUUGUCCAGUGUGUGCCGCAACAGGAGGAACCGGUCAAGCCGUGCCAACCUUCGCCUUGUGGCGCCAAUGCCGAGUGUAUUGAACGGAACGGAGCUGCUGCCUGCAAGUGCAUCGACGAGUACCAAGGCAAUCCCUACGAGAGUUGCCGACCCGAGUGCGUGCUCAGCUCGGACUGUACCACGGACAAGGCCUGCAUACGGAACAAGUGUCAGGAUCCCUGCCCGGGAAUUUGCGGCCUGAAUGCCCAGUGCUAUGCCGUGAAUCAUGUGCCCAAUUGUGUCUGCCUCGAUGGUCACACGGGCGAUCCGUUUACCAACUGUCGCCGCGUGGAGCCCACAACGCCACCGCCAGUCGCCGAUCCCUGCAUCCCCUCGCCCUGCGGCGCCAACAGCAAGUGUCGCAUUGCCAACGGACUGGCCGUCUGCUCCUGCCUGGAGAGCUUUAUUGGAGCUCCGCCGAACUGUAAGCCGGAAUGCACGGUGAACGCCGAGUGUCAGCCGAACAAGGCCUGCCACAAGUUCCGCUGUGCCAAUCCCUGUGCAAAGACGUGCGGCAUCAAUGCCAAGUGCGAGGUGAUCAAUCACAAUCCCAUCUGCAGCUGCCCCUCGGAUUUGACGGGCGAUCCGUUCGCCCGUUGUUAUCCAGCGCCUGCCGUUGCCGGACCUAAGGAUGCUCCGGAGUCCAAGACGCCCUGCCAGCCCUCGCCAUGCGGCCUUUACUCGGACUGUCGCGUGCGCGACGAGCAGGCCUCCUGCUCCUGCCUGCCCAACUACAUUGGGGCACCGCCCAACUGCCGACCCGAGUGCAUUGUGAACACGGACUGCUCUCCGAACCGCGCCUGCAUUGCCGAGAAGUGUCGCGAUCCCUGUGACGGCUCCUGCGGCAUCAACUCCGAGUGUCGUAUCCAGAACCACCUGGCCAUAUGCACCUGCCGCGGUGGAUUCACCGGCGAUCCGUUCGUUCAAUGCGUGGAGAUCAUUGAGACGAUCACGAAGCCUCCACUGAACGAACCACAGGAUCCCUGCGACCUGCAACCGUGUGGAGCCAAUGCGGAAUGCCACGAGGGCACCUGCACCUGCUUGAGAGAUUACCAGGGCGAUCCCUAUACGGGCUGUCGUCCGGAGUGUACGCUGAGCACCGACUGCGCCCCCGUCAAGGCGUGCUUGAACAAGAAGUGCGUGGAUCCCUGUCCCGGAGUGUGUGGCCAGAACUCGCAGUGCGAUGUCUCCAAUCACAUACCGAUCUGCAGCUGCCUGCAGGGCUACACAGGUGAUCCGUUCGUGCAAUGCCGCCUGGAGACGCCCGUGGCCAAGGACCCAUGCCAGCCGAAUCCCUGCGGUCCCAACAGCCUGUGUCAUGUGUCGGCCCAAGGACCGGUGUGUGCCUGCCAGCAAGGCAUGCUGGGCUCACCGCCCGCCUGCAAGCCAGAGUGCAUAGUCAGCUCCGAAUGCUCCCUGCAAACGGCCUGCGUACAGAGGAAGUGUGUCGAUCCUUGCCCCGGCGCCUGCGGCCAGUUCGCACGCUGCCAAGUGAUCAACCACAAUCCAUCGUGCUCCUGCAAUUCAGGAUACACGGGAGAUCCGUUCACGCGCUGCUUCCAGGAAGAGCGCAAGCCGCCAACACCCACGGAACCAUGCCAACCAUCACCCUGCGGACCAAAUUCGGAGUGUAAGGUGCUCAAUGGAAAUGCCGCCUGCUCGUGCGCCGCCACCUUCAUUGGCACGCCACCCAGCUGCCGGCCCGAGUGCUCCAUCAAUCCGGAAUGUCCACCGACCAAGGCUUGCAUACGCCAGAAGUGCUCCGAUCCCUGUGUGAAUGCCUGCGGCUUCAAUGCCCGCUGCAAUGUGGCGAAUCAUCAACCCAUCUGCACAUGCGAUGUGGGCUACACAGGAGAUCCGUUCACCGGCUGUCAAAAGGAACAAGAGCGCAUUGUCAAUGAACAGGUGACGCCCUGCGAACCCAAUCCCUGCGGCUCGAAUGCUGUAUGUCGCGAACGCAAUGGGAUCGGCUCCUGCCAGUGCCUGCCCGAUUACUUUGGCGAUCCCUACCAGUCCUGUCGCCCCGAAUGCAUCCGAAACUCGGACUGUCCCACGAACAAGGCCUGCCAGCAGCAAAAAUGUCGCGAUCCCUGCCCCGGCACCUGCGGCACCAAUGCGGACUGCAGCGUUACGAAUCAUCUGCCCACCUGUGCAUGCCGCAUCGGAUACAUUGGUGAUCCCUACCGCUACUGCCAUGUGGAGCCAGCGCAACCUAUCCGUCUGGCCGAACCCACACAACCCUGCCGCCCCUCGCCGUGUGGCCCCAACUCUCAGUGUCGCGAACUCAACGGCCAGGCCGUCUGCUCCUGCCUCGAGCUGUACAUCGGUCUGCCCCCCAACUGCCGUCCCGAAUGCGUGCUCAGCAGCGAGUGUCCCACGGACAAGGCGUGCAUAAGUCAGCGAUGCCAGGAUCCCUGCCCGGGUACAUGCGGCAUCAAUGCCGAGUGCCGGGUUCGGAAUCAUGGUCCACUCUGUCAGUGCCGUCAAGGCUUCACCGGCGACUCCUUUACCCGUUGUUAUGCCCUGCCACCCCCGCCGCCUGUUGUUCAGCGUGUUGAUCGUGAUCCCUGCAUGCCAUCGCCCUGCGGCUUGAACAGCCAGUGUCGCAAUGUGCAGGGCGUGCCCUCCUGCUCCUGUCUGCCCGAGUUCCUUGGAGCACCACCCAACUGUCGUCCCGAAUGCACCAUCAGUGCCGAGUGUGCCUCGAAUCUGGCCUGCAUCCGUGAAAAAUGUAUCGAUCCAUGUCCAGGGUCCUGUGGCUACGAUGCAGAAUGCAAUGUGGUGAAUCACACGCCCAUUUGCGUCUGUCCCGUGGGCUAUACUGGGGAUCCGUUCAGCAGUUGUCAUCUGUCGCCACCCGAACCCGUUCAAAGUGAAUAUGUGGAUCCGUGCAACCCAUCGCCGUGUGGUCCGAACGCGCAGUGCUCCAACGGUGUCUGCAGCUGUUUGGCCGAGUUCCAUGGCGAUCCCUAUGCCGGCUGUCGUCCGGAAUGUGUCCUCAACUCCGACUGUCCCAGGGACAAGGCCUGUCUGCGCAGCAAGUGCCAGAAUCCAUGUCCGGGAACGUGCGGCGAGAAUGCCAUUUGCGAUGUCAUAAAUCACAUUCCGAUGUGCCGUUGUCCGGACGGCACCGCCGGCAGUGCCUUUAUACGCUGCUCUCCCGUCCAGCAAACUAUUGUGGAAACGAAUCCCUGCCGUCCAUCUCCCUGCGGACCGAAUUCCAAGUGCCGCGAGGUCAACCAGCAGGCGGUUUGCUCCUGCCUGUCCAGCUAUAUCGGUGCCCCACCGUCCUGUCGCCCCGAGUGUACCUCGAACGCCGAGUGCGCGCCCUCGCAGGCGUGUCUGAACCAGCGUUGCGGAGAUCCAUGCCCUGGAACCUGUGGCGUAGGUGCCAACUGUGCCGUGGUCAGCCAUAGUCCCUUCUGCACCUGUCCCGAACGCUUCACCGGGAAUCCCUUCAUCCGUUGUCAGCCACAAAUUGAACCCGUGCGUGAUCUCGUCCCAGUCGAACCCUGUCGUCCAUCGCCAUGUGGCCCCUAUUCCCAAUGCCGCCCUGUUGGCCAAGAAGCCCCCGCCUGCUCCUGCCUGGAGACCUACAUUGGACGGCCUCCGAACUGCCGUCCAGAGUGUGUAACGAGCUCGGACUGCACCAGCCAGAUGACAUGUGUCAACCAGAAGUGCGUCGAUCCGUGUCCCGGACGCUGUGGUCUCAAUGCCGAGUGUCGUGUAGUGAGCCAUGCGGUGCAGUGCAUCUGCCAGCAAGGCUUCACCGGCGAUCCAUUCGUGCAGUGCAGCCCCGAAACCAUCCGCGACAUCGAGGUUCGCACUCCGUGCAGCCCCAGUCCCUGUGGACCGAAUGCCGUUUGCCGUGAUCGCAAUGGCGUCGGUUCCUGCCAGUGCCUGCCCGAAUACUUCGGAGAUCCCUAUGCCGGCUGUCGGCCGGAGUGUAUGCUGGACUCGGACUGUCCCUCGAACAGGGCGUGCCAGCAGCUGAAAUGCCAGGAUCCCUGUCCCGGAACAUGCGGCCUGAAUGCCCAGUGCCAGGUAGUAAACCAUCUCCCAACCUGCAAUUGCCUCACUGGAUAUGAGGGGGAUCCGUACCGCCAGUGCACCAGAAUGCAAGAGCCACCACAAAAAGAGUACGUGAAUCCUUGCCAGCCCUCGCCCUGCGGCCCCAAUUCCCAGUGUCGUGUGGCCAACGAGCAGGCCGUUUGCUCUUGCCUGCCCCUCUUUGUGGGAACUCCUCCCGCCUGUCGACCCGAAUGCACCAUCUCCUCCGAGUGUCCCAGCCAUCAGGCAUGCGUUAACCAGAAGUGCGUGGACCCAUGCACCGGCGACACCUGCGGCAGCAAUGCCGUGUGUCGAGUGCGUAACCACAGUCCCAUCUGUAGUUGCCUCAGUGGCUUCACUGGCGAUGCCUUUACGCGUUGCUUCCCCAUUCCACCCCCACCGCCCGAACGGAUCCAAGAACCCCUGAGAGAUCCAUGUCUGCCUACGCCCUGUGGACCCAAUUCCGAGUGCCGCAACAUCAAUGGGGUGCCCGCGUGCUCCUGUCUGUCCAGCUUCAUGGGGCAGGCGCCCAACUGCCGGCCCGAAUGCACCAUCAACGCCGAGUGUCCUGCCAAUAGGGCGUGCAUCAAUCAGAGGUGUCGCGAUCCCUGUCCAGGGGCCUGCGGCCUGGAUGCAGUCUGCAGUGUCAUUAAUCAUACGCCACUCUGCGCCUGCAUCGAUGGGUAUAUCGGAAAUCCCUUCACCAAAUGUAGCCCCAAGCCACCAGAACCCACAUCCCCGCCAACAGUCGCCGACGAUCCAUGCAACCCCUCGCCCUGCGGCUCGAAUGCCGUGUGCCGCAAUGGCCAGUGCUCGUGUAUACCCGAAUACCAGGGCGACCCCUACGUCUCCUGUCGUCCCGAGUGCGUGCUGAACACGGACUGUCCCAGAGAUCGAGCCUGCGUGCGCAACAAAUGCAUAGAUCCCUGUCCAGGCACCUGUGGCGUGAAUGCCCUUUGCGAAGUAACCAAUCACAUACCCAUCUGUCGCUGUCCCGACCGGACGUCCGGUAACGCAUUCUUCGAGUGUCGUCCCGUGCCGGCGGUGCCCAUCAUCCAGCAGAAUCCCUGCCAGCCAACGCCAUGCGGACCCAACAGUCAGUGCCGUGUGGUGCAGAACACGGCAGUCUGCUCCUGCCUAAGGGAUUACGUGGGCAGUCCGCCCCAGUGCCGGCCGGAGUGUGUCACCAACUCGGACUGUCCGGCAGAUCAGUCGUGUCAGAACAUGAAGUGCCGCGAUCCCUGUCCGGGAACAUGCGGCUUCAAUGCCCUCUGCAACGUGGUCAAUCACAGUCCCUUCUGCAGCUGCCCCACGGGCAUGUCCGGCAAUCCAUUCGUCAGCUGCCAGCAGCUGCCCCAACGCGAUGAUCGACCCCAGAACCCCUGUCAGCCCUCGCCCUGCGGCCCCAACUCCGAGUGUCGCGUCUCGGGAGACUCCCCAUCAUGUUCCUGCCUGCCAGAGUUCGUUGGAGCUCCUCCCAACUGCAAGCCCGAAUGCAUCUCCAGCUCAGAAUGCCCCACCAACAGGGCCUGCAUCAACCAGAAAUGCGUCGAUCCCUGCCCUGGACUAUGCGGACAGAAUGCCAACUGUCGGGUGUUCAGUCACACGGCCAUGUGUCUGUGCGAGAGCGGCUUCACCGGUGAUCCAUUCACCCAGUGUAGUCCGGUCAGGAAUGCCCCCGUAGAGGUACUGCAGCCCUGCAAUCCCAGUCCCUGUGGCGUCAAUGCCAAGUGCGAGGAGCGCGGUGGGGCUGGAUCCUGCACCUGUCUGCCGGAGUACUUUGGCAAUCCCUACGAUGGCUGCCGCCCCGAAUGUGUCCUGAACUCCGACUGUCCUUCGAACAGAGCCUGCGUGAAUCAGAAGUGCCGCGAUCCCUGUCCGGGAGUGUGCGGUCAGAGCGCCGAGUGCCAGGUGGUCAAUCACCUGGCCACAUGCAAUUGUCUGAUUGGCUAUACCGGAGACCCCUACACCCUGUGUCGCAUCGUAGAGAACGAACCACCCGUAGCCAUCUAUGUGAAUCCCUGCCAGCCGUCACCCUGCGGUCCCAACUCGCGUUGCCGCGAGAUCAACGAUCAGGCUGUGUGCUCCUGCCUCCCCGAGUUCAUUGGCAGUCCCCCGGCUUGUCGGCCGGAAUGCACCAGCAGCUCGGAAUGUGCCGCCGACAAGGCGUGUGUGAACCGCAAAUGCGUGGAUCCCUGUCCGAAUGUUUGCGGUCAGCAGGCCGAGUGUCGCGUUCGCAAUCACAAUCCCAUAUGUAGCUGUCUGAGCGGAUACACCGGAGAUCCAUUCACCCGCUGCUACCGUCAGCCCCCUCCUCCUGAGGCACCUAUUGAAAGAGAACCCCUUGAUCCUUGUGUACCCUCGCCGUGUGGGGCCAAUUCCCAGUGUCGCGAUGUCUAUGGCACACCCUCGUGCUCUUGCCUGCCCCAGUUCUUGGGAACGCCGCCCAACUGUCGACCCGAAUGUUCCAUCAAUGCGGAGUGUCCCAGCCAUCAGGCGUGCAUCAAUCAGAAGUGUCGCAAUCCCUGUCCCGGCUCCUGUGGCCUCAACACCCAGUGCAAUGUGAUCAAUCACACGCCCAUCUGCAGCUGUCUUCUGGGGUAUAUCGGGGAUCCAUUCAGCGUUUGUAAUCCCGAACCGCCGCAGAAAAUUCAAGAUCCACUGCCACCUCAAGAUCCCUGUUAUCCCUCACCCUGUGGCUCCAAUAGCCGCUGCAAUAAUGGCGUAUGCUCGUGUCUGCCGGAGUACCAUGGCGACCCCUACACCGGUUGUCGUCCCGAGUGCGUCCUCCACACAGAAUGCGAUCGUAGUCGCGCCUGUGUGCGGCACAAGUGUGUGGAUCCCUGCCCCGGAAUAUGUGGAACGAAUGCGAUAUGCGAGGUCCUGAAUCACAUUCCCAACUGUCGCUGUCCCGCGGAAAUGCAGGGAAAUGCCUUCAUCCAGUGUAGCCCUGUGCCACAACUCGAUGUCGUGCAGAAUCCCUGCCAGCCCUCGCCCUGCGGACCGAAUGCCCAGUGUCGCGUGGCCAACCAGCAGGCCAUUUGCUCCUGCAUCGCGCCCUUCAUUGGCAGUCCACCCUUCUGUCGUCCAGAGUGCACCAGUAACGCGGAAUGUCCCCUGAACCUGGCAUGUUUGAACCAGAAAUGCAGCGAUCCUUGUCCGGGCGUCUGCGGCCGCAGUGCCCAGUGCCAUGUGACGAACCACAGUCCGUUCUGUCGCUGCCUGGACCGCCACACGGGCAAUCCCUUCGUCAGUUGCCAGCCGAUCAUUGAGCCGCCAGUGCCACCGCCGCGUCAGCCAUGCCUCCCCUCACCCUGCGGCGCGUAUGCCCAGUGCCGGGAGAUCAAUGAGACGCCGUCGUGCACCUGUCUGCCCGAGUACAUUGGCGCUCCGCCGAACUGUCGGCCCGAAUGCGUUACCAGCUCCGAGUGUCCCACUCAUCAGGCUUGCAUCCAGCAGAAGUGUCGCGAUCCCUGUCCUGGUCUAUGCGGCCUCUUGGCCGAGUGUCGUGUGCUCUCGCACACUCCCAGUUGCGUCUGCCCCGAGGGAAUGGAGGGUGAUCCCUUCACCCAGUGUACGGAGAAGAGAAUCCAGCAGUUGGAUCGAUUGGACCCAUGCAACCCCAGUCCCUGUGGCGUCAAUGCCAGGUGCACUUCGCGCCAGGAUGCUGGCUCUUGCCAGUGUUUGCCGGAGUACUUUGGGAAUCCCUACGAGGGCUGCCGUCCGGAAUGUGUCCUCAACUCUGAUUGUCCAUCCAACAGAGCCUGUCAGCAGCAGAAGUGCGAGGAUCCUUGCCCGGGAACCUGCGGCCAGAAUGCCAUCUGCAAUGUCCUCAACCACGUGCCCAGCUGUAGCUGCCUCACGGGCUAUUCGGGCGAUCCCUACCGUCAGUGCCUGCUUGAACGCCAACGUAAGACAUCAGACAUACAAAUUCGCUUGGAGAUCAAUCCCUACAAUGUUCUAACUUUUGUAGCCAUCAAGGAGUAUCUGAAUCCCUGCCAGCCUUCGCCGUGUGGCCCCAAUUCCCAGUGUCGUGAGUCCAACGAGCAGGCCGUUUGCUCCUGUCUUCCCGAAUAUGUGGGUGCACCUCCUGUCUGUCGUCCCGAGUGUACCAUCUCCUCAGAGUGCUCGCCGGAUAAGGCCUGCGUGGGCCAGAAGUGCAUCGAUCCCUGUCCGAAUACCUGCGGAGAGCAGGCCACCUGUCGUGUAGUGAACCACAGUCCCAUUUGUACGUGUCGCGCCGGUUACACGGGCGAUGCCUUCUACCGCUGUGUACCCAAACCCCCUGUGCCAGUGGCACCUCCAGUGCAAAAGACACCAGUCGAUCCCUGUGUGCCCUCCCCUUGUGGCCCGUAUGCCGAGUGCCGUUCGAAUGGCGACGCUCCUGCCUGUUCCUGUUCGAUUGGGUACUUGGGAGCUCCGCCCAACUGCCGUCCCGAGUGCCGCAUCAAUGCGGAGUGUCUCAGUAGAGAGGCCUGCAUCAAUGAGAAGUGUCGCGAUCCCUGUCCCGGCUCCUGUGGCCUUGGUGCCACUUGCAACGUGAUCAAUCAUACGCCCAGCUGCACCUGUCCGCCGGGAUACACGGGCGAUCCGUUCACCCACUGCCAGCCCCAACCUCCGCCGCCACCACCUGUGGAGCUAGAUGAUCCCUGCAAUCCCUCGCCCUGUGGAGCAAAUGCUCUGUGCAACGCAGGCGUCUGCACGUGCAUCCCUGAGUACCAUGGGGAUCCGUACAGCGGCUGUCGUCCCGAGUGCAUCACCAGUUUGGAUUGCUCGCGCGAUCGGGCCUGUGCGCGUCACAAGUGCUUCGAUCCCUGCCCGGGCACCUGUGCCCCCAAUGCCAUUUGUUCGGUCCUCAAUCACGUGCCCAUGUGCACCUGUCCGGAGGGGUAUGCUGGCAAUGCGUUUAUCCAGUGCCAACCAGUGCCACCACCAGCCAUUGUCCAGCCGUGUCAGCCAUCACCCUGUGGCCCCAAUUCUCAGUGCCGUGAGGCCAAUGGUCAGGCGGUAUGCUCCUGCGUGCCAGGAUAUAUUGGAACCCCUCCACUCUGUAGACCAGAGUGCACCUCGAACGCGGAAUGUGUGUCUCUCGAGGCGUGCGUGAAUCAAAAGUGCGUGGAUCCAUGUCCUGGAGCCUGUGGCAGGAAUGCCCAGUGUAGUGUCGUCAAUCACAAUCCCUUCUGCACGUGUCUGCCCCACUAUACGGGCAAUCCGUUUGUGGGCUGCCAGCAGAUCAUCGAGCCUCCUCAGAGGGAGGAACUCGAGCCACGCGAUCCCUGUCGACCCUCCCCCUGCGGACCCAAUGCCGAGUGUCGGGCCGUUGGGGACACAGCAUCGUGUUCCUGUCUGGCGGAAUUUGUUGGCUCUCCGCCGUACUGCAAGCCGGAAUGCGUGACCAACUCCGAGUGUCCAUCGAAUCGGGCGUGCAUCAAUCAGAAGUGUCGCGAUCCCUGCCCUGGUCUGUGUGGUAUAAGUGCCAUUUGUCGCGUUGUCUCCCACUCGGCCAUGUGCAUCUGUGAUGCGGGCCUCACCGGCGAUCCCUUCACCCAGUGCCAGCCGAUUAUCCACGAUGUGGAGAUCAUCAAUCCGUGCCAUCCCUCGCCUUGUGGCUCGAACGCCGAGUGCAUACAACGGAACGGAGCGGGCGCCUGUCAGUGCUUGCUGGAGUUCUUCGGGAAUCCCUACGAGGGCUGCCGUCCGGAGUGCGUCCUCAAUUCGGACUGUCCUGCGAACAGAGCCUGCCAGCAGCAGAAGUGCCGCGAUCCCUGCCCCGGCAGCUGUGGCCAGAACGCCGAAUGUAAUGUCGUGAACCACACGCCCAUCUGCAGCUGCUUCCCUGGAUAUAUAGGCGAUCCGUAUCGCUAUUGUAGCCAACCGCCAGAACCUAUUGUCCAUGACUACGUGAAUCCCUGUCAGCCAUCGCCCUGUGGCUCCAAUGCCAUUUGUCGCGUGGUCAACGAGCAGGCCGUGUGCUCCUGUGGCCCCGAGUUUGAGGGAGCCCCGCCCAACUGCCGUCCCCAGUGUACCUCCAGCUCUGAGUGUCCCUCCACCCAGGCUUGCAUCAGCUACAAGUGUGCCGAUCCCUGUCCUGGUGUGUGUGGCCAGCUUGCGAUCUGUGAGGUGCGAAACCAUAGUCCCAUCUGUAGGUGUCCCCCGGCCAUGAUGGGCGAUCCCUUCGUGCGCUGUCUGCCACGACCAGAGAUUCCUCCACCCCUAAGAGAUGUGGCCCCCUACCGCGAUCCCUGUGCACCCUCACCCUGUGGCCUUUACUCCACCUGCCGCAACCAACAUCAGCAGGCUGUGUGCUCCUGUCUCCCGAACUACUUUGGCACUCCCCCGCAUUGCCGACCCGAGUGCUCCAUCAAUGCAGAGUGUCCCAGCCACUUGGCGUGCAUCAAUCAAAGGUGUCGCGACCCCUGUCCCGGCGCCUGUGGCCAGCAGACCGAGUGUCGGGUGACCAAUCACGUGCCCAGCUGUCUGUGCCUCCAGGGCUAUGUGGGAGACGCCUUCUUGGCCUGCCACCCAGCUCCACCCCCUCCAAGCUACGAUGAACCCCGUGAUCCCUGCAAUCCCAGUCCCUGCGGCAGCAAUGCCAUUUGUUCGGGCGAUGGUCAGUGCCGCUGUGUGGCCGACUAUCAGGGGGAUCCCUAUGUCUCCUGCCGACCCGAAUGUGUGCUGAGUGCCGAGUGUCCUCGGCAUCUGGCCUGCAUCCGCCAAAAGUGCACAGAUCCCUGUGCAGGCACGUGCGGUGCCAGUGCCAUCUGUGAAGUCCAGAGCCACAUAGCCAUGUGCCACUGUCCCCCGGGAAUGACUGGAAAUGCCUUUGUCCAGUGCAGCGCCGUACGUGAUGCAGUGGAUGUCUACCGCAAUCCUUGUAGCCCAUCGCCGUGCGGCAGCUAUGCCGAGUGCCGCGAGCGCAAUGAUCAGGCCAUCUGCAGCUGCCUCCCCAACUACUUUGGCGUCCCCCCCGCCUGCCGACCCGAGUGCAGCAGCAACUACGAUUGUGCACCCCAUUUGGCGUGCCAGAACCAGCGUUGCGUCGAUCCCUGUCCGGGAGCUUGUGGCGCCCAUGCCCAGUGCCGAGCCGUCAGCCACAGUCCCUUCUGCAGCUGCAGACCUGGCUACACGGGCAAUCCCUUCGUUCAGUGUCAUAGGAUCUUUGAACCUGUGAGGGAUGUGGUGCUCCGAGAUCCCUGCCAGCCAUCUCCCUGCGGUCCCAACAGCGAGUGUCGGCCCGUGGGUGAUACACCAUCCUGCUCAUGUCUCGCCAAUUUCUUUGGCACUCCGCCGAACUGCAGGCCCGAGUGUGUAUCCAACUCCGAGUGCAGCUCGGUCCAAGUUUGUGUGAACAAUCGCUGCAAAGAUCCCUGUCCAGGGCUUUGUGGCACAUCUGCAGUUUGUCGCGUCAUUAGCCACAGCGCCAUGUGCCACUGCCAGCCAGGAUACAGCGGGGAUCCCUUCAUUCGCUGUGAUCCCAUUGUUGUACGUGAUCCCAUAGAGGUCCUGCAGCCCUGUAAUCCGAGUCCCUGUGGCGCCUUUGCCGAGUGCCGGCAACAGAAUGGAGUCGGCUCCUGUCAGUGCUUGCCCGAAUACCACGGCAAUCCCUAUGAGGCCUGUCGUCCCGAGUGUGUCCUGGACUCCGAUUGUGCCUCGAACAGAGCCUGUGUGAACCAGAAGUGCCGCGAUCCCUGUCCUGGAGUGUGUGGCCAGAAUGCCGAGUGCUAUGUCCGCAAUCAUUUGCCCACCUGCAACUGCCAGAACGGCUAUGUGGGAGAUCCUUAUAGCUAUUGCAGCAUUGAGACCAAACCCAUUCGUGAGUAUGUGAAUCCCUGCCAGCCCUCUCCCUGCGGCCCCAACUCCCAGUGCCGUGAACUGAAUGGCCUGGCCACUUGCUCCUGUCUGCCCGAGUACGUGGGCAGUCCGCCUGGCUGUCGUCCCGAGUGUACGGUCUCCUCCGAGUGUAGUCUGGACAGGGCCUGUGUGCGCCACAAGUGUGUGGAUCCCUGUCCAGGUGCCUGUGGCAGCUAUGCCAAUUGUCUUGGAAUGAACCAUGCCCCACUCUGUUCCUGUCAGCCAGGCUACACGGGAGACCCAUUCACCCGUUGCUAUCCAUUGCCUCCUCCCACAACGCAUAUACUCUACGACAUUGUAAGCGAUCCCUGCCAGCCGUCCCCUUGCGGUGCCAAUGCCCAGUGCAGGCAGUCCCAGGGUCAGGCCAUCUGCAGCUGUCUCCCCAACUACUUUGGUCUGCCGCCCAACUGCCGACCCGAGUGUACCCAGAGUUCCGAGUGCCUGUCCAGCCGUGCGUGCAUCAACCAGAGGUGUGUGGAUCCAUGCCCCGGCUCCUGUGCCUACAACGCCCUCUGCACCACGCGUAACCAUGUGCCGAGCUGUCAGUGUCCCCCCAGAUAUGUGGGAGAUCCGUUCACCAAUUGUUUCCCAGAACCCCAGCCACCACCCACACCCAUUGCCCUUGAUGAUCCCUGCCAUCCCUCGCCCUGCGGACCCAAUGCUCAGUGCUCGAACGGUCAGUGUUCGUGUAUUGGGGACUACCAGGGGGAUCCCUACAGGGGCUGCCGCCCAGAGUGUGUCCUGAAUGCCGACUGUUCGAAGGAUCGGGCCUGUGUGCGCCACAAGUGUGUGGAUCCCUGUCCGGGCACCUGUGCCCGCAAUGCCAUAUGCGAUACGAUCAAUCACAUCGCCAUGUGCCGCUGUCCAGAGCAGAUGACAGGCAAUGCCUUCAUCCAGUGCGAGUUCCCACCAGUGGCAUUGACUCCACCCGAUCCUUGCGCACCGACACCGUGCGGCUCCAACAGCCGUUGCCGCGUACUCAACAACAAUGCCGUCUGCUCCUGCAUUGAGGACUAUGUGGGUACGCCACCCAAUUGUCGGCCCGAGUGCACCCACAAUUCGGAUUGUCUGCCGCGACUGGCCUGCCAGCGGCAGCACUGCAUCGAUCCCUGUCCCGGAACCUGUGGCUUCAACGCCCUCUGUCAUGUGGUCAAUCAUGCUCCAAUCUGCAGCUGUCCGCCGCAACACAAUGGCAACCCCUUCGCGGGCUGCUUCCCGGAACCAGUGCGUCGCGAUGAGGAACCCCCCAGGAGCCCCUGUCAGCCCUCUCCUUGCGGACCCUAUGCCCAGUGCCUUGCUCUGGGAGAUCAGGCACAGUGCAGCUGUCUUCCCAGCUACAUUGGAACGCCGCCCAACUGCCGGCCCGAGUGUGUGACCAAUUCGGAGUGUCCCUUUGACAGGGCCUGCAUCAGUCAGCACUGCCGCGAUCCCUGUCCGGGCAUUUGUGGCUCCAAUGCCCAGUGCCAUGCGAUAAGCCACGCCGCCAUGUGCCAUUGCCUGCCCGGCUUCACGGGGGAUCCAUUCACCGCCUGCCACCAGCCUCCGAUCGUUCAACAAAUCGAAUAUGUCCAGCCUUGCUCCCCGAAUCCCUGUGGGGCCAAUGCUGUGUGUCGCCGCGAGGGCAAUGCCGGCUCCUGCCAGUGCCUACCCGAAUACUAUGGCAAUCCCUACGAGGCCUGUCGUCCCGAGUGUGUGGCCGACAGCGACUGUCCGUCGGAUAAGUCCUGCCACCAGCUGAAGUGCCGUGAUCCGUGUCCCGGGGUUUGUGCCCUGAAUGCCGCCUGUCGCGUGAUCAAUCACCUUCCCACCUGUCAUUGUCUCAGCGGAUUCAUAGGGGAUCCCUACAGCUACUGUCGUCUGCCAGAGAAACCUAUCCUCAAGGAGUACGUGAAUCCCUGCCAGCCCUCGCCCUGUGGCCCCAACUCCCAGUGUCGUGAGAACAACGAGCAGGCCAUCUGCUCGUGUCUACCGGAAUAUGUGGGGGCUCCGCCCAACUGUCGACCCGAGUGCGUUUCGAAUGGGGAGUGUGCCCGUGACAAGGCAUGCCUCAAUCAAAAGUGUGGCGAUCCCUGUCCCGGAGUGUGCGGCUCCAAUGCCGAAUGUCGCGUCUUCCAGCAUGCCCCCAUCUGUAGUUGUCGUCCAGGGUUCACUGGCGAUGCUUUCUCCCGAUGCCUGCCCCUGCCACCACCCCUUCCCCCGCUCUUGGAUGUGUAUCGCGAUCCCUGCUUACCCUCGCCCUGCGGCCAGUAUGCGGAGUGCAGAGACAACCAAGGCUCUGCCACCUGUACCUGCCUCCCCGCGUACUACGGCACUCCACCCAACUGCCGACCCGAAUGCACCAUCGCCGAGGAUUGUCCCUCGCAUCUGGCGUGUCAACAGCAGCACUGUCGCGAUCCCUGUCCAGGAGCCUGUGGCUUCAACGCCCUCUGCACGGUGAUCAACCACAGUCCCACGUGUCAGUGUGCUCCAGGACUGAUUGGCAACCCAUUUACAUCCUGCCAUUCUCGGCCACGCAAUCCACCCCCACAACAGGAUGCCAGCGAUCCCUGCGCUUCGAUUACGUGCGGUGCCAAUGCCGUCUGCCAGCAAGGAAGAUGCAGCUGUCUGCCAGAGUUCAUCGGAAAUCCAUUGAUUGGCUGUCGACCCGAGUGCGUCCUGAGUGCGGAAUGCGACUGGGACAAGGCGUGCGUGCGGAACAAGUGCAUCGAUCCCUGUCCCGGCACUUGUGGAUCUAGUGCCAUCUGUGAGGUCCACCGACACGUGGCCAUGUGCCAUUGUCCCCCGGGAAUGACUGGCAAUGCCUUCUCUCAGUGCCGACCACUGCCGCCGCCAGCUCAGGAUCCUCCCAUCAUAGUCGAUCCCUGUCAGCCCUCGCCUUGCGGACCAAAUGCCCAAUGUCGCCGCAUCAAUGGCCAGGCCGUGUGCUCGUGUCUGCCACAAUUUGUGGGCACGCCACCAUCCUGCCGUCCGGAAUGCGUAAGCAAUGCGGAAUGUCCGCUGCACUUGGCGUGUCUGCAGCAACAGUGUCGCGAUCCCUGUCCGGGAUCCUGCGGCCUCAAUGCCGAGUGUCGCGUGAUCAAUCACAGUCCCAACUGCCACUGCAUCCAAUCGUUUACUGGAAAUCCAUUUGUGGCAUGCCACCGUCAACCUCCGCCUGCACCUGUCAGGCAGGACCCUGUUCCGCUGGAUCCCUGUCAACCCUCGCCGUGUGGCGCCAAUGCAAAGUGUCGCGUCCAAGGAACCAACGCCCAAUGCAGCUGCUUCGCUGGAUUUGUGGGCACACCACCCGACUGCCGGCCGGAAUGCGUAUCCAACUCCGAUUGUCCCACGAAUCUGGCCUGCCGCAACGAAAAGUGCCGCGAUCCCUGCCCUGGAGUCUGUGGCCUGAAUGCGGAGUGCUAUGUGAUCAAUCAUACGCCCAUGUGUACGUGCCUCGCUGGAUACAAUGGCAAUCCAUUCUAUGGCUGUCAAGUGGUGCGCGAUGUCCCAGAGACACCACUCAAUCCGUGCGUGCCCAGUCCUUGUGGCGCCAAUGCCGUUUGCAGCGAACGUAAUGGAGCAGGGGCAUGCCAGUGCCUGCCCGACACCUUUGGCAAUCCCUACGAGGGCUGUCGUCCAGAGUGUGUCCUCAACACGGACUGUCCCAGCCAUUUGGCGUGUGUCAAUCAACACUGUCGCGAUCCCUGUCCAGGCACCUGCGGCUCCAAUGCCCUGUGCCAAGUGCGCCAUCAUCUGCCCCAAUGCCAGUGCCUGGCGGGCUACCAGGGCAAUCCGUACACCUAUUGCAGCCUCCUGCGUGAUCCCCUGCCCGAACCCAUUGCCUCCCGUCACUGCCAGCCCUCGCCUUGCGGACCCAAUGCCCACUGUCGCGAGGCGAAUGGUCAAGCUAUAUGCAAAUGCCUGCCAGACUUUGUUGGAUCCCCGCCUGCAUGUAGGCCCGAGUGUACCAUCUCCAGCGAGUGCGACCUGACCAGGGCAUGCGUGCAGCACCACUGCGUCGAUCCCUGUCCGGGGAUCUGCGGCAGCAAUGCCCAAUGCCGUGUCCUCAACCACAGUCCGCAUUGCAGUUGUCUGCCCGGCUACACUGGAUAUGCCUUCAGUGGCUGCCAGCCGAUCCGACCCGUCAUUAGCUAUGAUGCUCCGCCCAAGGAUAUCUACCGCGACCCGUGUGCACCCUCGCCCUGCGGCACCUUCGGCCAGUGCAGAGCACAGGGCACCCAGGCCGUGUGCUCCUGCCUGCCAGGAUACUUUGGUGUCCCGCCUCAGUGCCAGCCGGAGUGUGUGAUCAAUCCAGACUGCGCCUCGCACUUGGCCUGCAUCAGCGAGAAGUGCCGCGAUCCCUGUCCUGGCUCCUGUGGCCUGCUGGCCCACUGCAACGUCAUCAAUCACACGCCCAUCUGUAGCUGCCCCCCUGGCUAUCAGGGCAAUCCCUUUAUCAGCUGCAGACCCCAACCUCCUCCAGCUCCGGUUCCAGUACUACGGGAUGCCUGCAAUCCCUCGCCAUGCGGCCCCAACGCCAUUUGCAGUGCCGGAGGACAGUGCAACUGUCUCGCAGAGUUCGAUGGCAAUCCGUAUGUGGGUUGUCGCCCGGAGUGUGUCCUGAAUUCAGAGUGUGCCCGGGACAGGGCCUGUCAGCGCAGCAAAUGCGUGGAUCCCUGUCCGGGGGCCUGUGGUGUAGGCGCCGUUUGUGAGGUGCGCAACCACAUACCCAUCUGCCUCUGUCCACCCGGGACUUCCGGAAAUGCCUUCAUCCAGUGUACGACCAUCCUUGUUCAAUCUUCUCCCGUGGAGCCCCCUAAUCCCUGCCAGCCAUCGCCCUGUGGAUCUAAUGCCCAGUGUCGCGAGGCCAACCAGCAGGCCGUGUGCUCCUGCUUGAGUGGAUACUUCGGUGUCCCGCCCAGAUGUCGACCGGAAUGCACCAUCAACUCGGACUGUGCCCCCCACUUGGCGUGCCUCAAUCAGCAGUGUCGCGAUCCCUGCCCCGGGGCCUGCGGACAAUUUGCCAACUGCCAGGUCAUCCGACAUGUCCCGCACUGCAGUUGUCCCGCAGGAUACGCGGGAAAUGCCUUCUCCCUGUGUCAGCAGAUACCACCAGCGGUUGUGCAGCGAGAGCCCCUCCCUGUGAAUCCCUGUCAUCCAUCCCCAUGUGGAUCGAAUGCCCAGUGCACGGAACAAGGCGAUCAAGCCAUCUGCAAGUGCCUUGAAGGCUACAUAGGAUCGCCACCCAACUGUCGACCAGAGUGCAUAACAUCCUCCGAGUGCCCGAACCAAUUGGCAUGCAUCCAGCAGAAGUGCCGCGAUCCGUGUCCUGGUUUGUGCGGACAGGCAGCCAGCUGCCAGGUCGUGAGCCAUGUGCCCUCGUGCCUGUGCAUUGGAGACUACAUCGGAGACCCCUACACGGGCUGCCGUCCAAGACCAGCAAUAGAACAAGACCAGAUCAAUCCGUGCGCGCAGAACCCAUGCGGUAGCAAUGCCAUGUGCAGACAGCAAGGAGGAGCUGCGGCAUGCCAGUGCCUGCCCGAGACCUACGGCAAUCCCUACGAGGGCUGCCGACCCGAGUGUGUCGUCAAUUCGGACUGCUCCGGCCAUUUGGCCUGCUUGAAUCAACAUUGUCGCGACCCCUGUCCUGGUAGCUGUGCCCCGAAUGCCCAAUGCCAGGUCGUCAAUCACAUCCCCAGCUGUAGCUGCUAUCCCGGCUACAGAGGGGAUCCCUAUCGCCAUUGCCAUGCGGUGCCUAUCCAGGCGGAACCAAUCGAACCGGUUAAUCCCUGCCAGCCCUCGCCGUGUGGUCCCAACUCUGAGUGUAGCGUAGCCCAGGGACAGGCUGUCUGUCGCUGUCUGCCCGAUUACUAUGGCUCGCCGCCUGCCUGUAGACCCGAAUGCACCACCAAUCCCGAGUGUCCCCACGAUAGGGCCUGUGUGGCCAGACAUUGCUCCGAUCCGUGUCCAGGCGCCUGCGGGCAGAAAGCCAUUUGUCAGGCUCAUCAACACCGAGCCCUGUGCUCCUGUCCGCCCGGCUACACCGGUGAUGCCUUCACCCGAUGCCUGCCAUUACCUGCUCCACCUCCCCAUCAACCCAUUCGACAGUCGUCUCCUGUAGAUCCCUGCGUGCCCUCCCCCUGCGGACAGUAUGCCCAGUGUCGCGAGGAGUACGGACAAGGUGUCUGCACCUGUCUGGACUCCUACUACGGCACUCCUCCCCACUGUCGACCCGAGUGCACCCUCAACUCCGACUGUCCCGGCCAUCGGGCGUGCAUCAACCAGAAGUGCCGCGAUCCUUGUCCCGGUGCCUGCGGUCUGUACGCCCAGUGCUCGGUCCUCAAUCAUGUCCCCACCUGCUUUUGUCCGCAAGGAUACCUUGGAGAUCCCUUCUACCGCUGCUAUCCAGCGCCAGCUCCGUCUCCGCCUCCAGUGACUCCUAUUGUUCUCAAAGAUGAUCCCUGUCAUCCUUCCCCCUGUGGUCCCAAUACCCAGUGCUCGAACGGCGUCUGCAGUUGUCUGCCACUCUACCAGGGCGAUCCCUAUGCGGGCUGUCGUCCCGAGUGCGUGCUGAGCACAGAGUGUCCCUCGAAUAAGGCAUGCAUACGCAAUCGCUGCCUGGAUCCGUGCCCGGGAACUUGUGGCUCCGGAGCCCACUGCAGAGUCCAGAAUCAUGUGGCCCUGUGUCACUGUCCGGACGGCCAGCAGGGAAAUCCUUUCGUGCUUUGCCAGCCAAAGCAGCAGCAGGAUUCACCCAUUCAGCUGCAUCCCUGCCAGCCAUCGCCCUGUGGUGCCCAUGGACAGUGUCGCGAGAUUGGUUCUCGCGCGGAAUGCACCUGCCUGCCUGGCUAUUACGGCAGUCCGCCCGACUGUCGGCCAGAGUGCGUCAGCGACUCCGAGUGUUCCCCGAGCCUCUCGUGCGUUAACCAAAAGUGUCGCGAUCCUUGUCCUGGUGCCUGUGGCUAUCUGGCCGAGUGCCAUGUGAUCAACCACAGUCCGCAGUGCGUUUGCCCGGCAGGGUACACGGGCAGUCCGUACUCCCAAUGCCAGGUUAUCCGUUUAACUCCUGUCCAACGGGAACCCAUCGAUCCCUGCCAGCCAACUCCCUGCGGCCCCCACUCACAGUGCAGCAAUGAGGAUGGCCUCAAUGCCAUCUGCCGCUGCCUGCCCGAGUAUCUGGGCGUGCCACCCUACUGCCGACCCGAGUGCAUUGCCAACAGCGAGUGUCCCAGCGACAGGGCGUGCAUCAAUUGGAAGUGCCGGGAUCCCUGUCCCGGUCUCUGCGGCUACAAUGCGAUCUGCCGGACGUACAAUCACCAGCCGAACUGUGUUUGUGCCCCCGGGCUGGUGGGCAAUCCAUUCAACUCGUGUCUGCCGCCAGCACGUCGGCCCUCCUACGAAUCCCCCGCGAUACCCCCCACAACGGCCAUAGAAGUACUGCAACACGAUCAGCCCAUCCGCAAUCCGUGCGAACCGAAUCCCUGCGGGGCCAAUGCUCGAUGCAGUCAGCAGAGAGGCAUUGCCUCGUGCGUGUGUUUGCCGGAUUACUACGGCAAUCCCUACGAUGCCUGCCGUCCAGAGUGCAUUCUCAAUUCCGACUGUGCGUCGCACAGGGCGUGCGUGCAGCAAAAGUGUCGCGACCCAUGUCCCGGCACCUGCGGCCUCAACGCCGAGUGCCACGUCCUGGAUCAUUUUCCCCAUUGCCAGUGCUUCAGCGGCUACACGGGUAAUCCUCUGGUCUACUGCGCCCCGCUGCCCGUUGUCCAGGAAUGUAAGCAUCCAACAUGCAAUCCCCCAUCGACUCCCAGUCUAAUCCUUUCGUCCGCCCCAGCACCCUUAACCCCAUGUGAUCCCUCGCCCUGUGGACCCAAUGCCAGGUGUCAGCCAUCGAAUGACCAAGCCGUUUGCUCCUGUCUGCCCGAUUUCUACGGAACCCCGCCCCAGUGUCGUCCCGAGUGUACUUUGAACUCAGAGUGUGCCCUUAACAGGGCGUGUGUCCAUCUCAAGUGCGUCGAUCCCUGUCCAGGAAUCUGCGGCUUGAAUGCCGAGUGUCGGGUGCAUUAUCACAGUCCCAUCUGCUACUGCAUCGCCUCGCACACCGGUGAUCCGCUCACCCGUUGCUACGAGAUCCCCAGCAGACGUAAGAAUACAAUCGCCGACAGUAUAAACGGUUCAAAGCCUAACAACCCCAAUCCCUUGGUCACUCAUUUCCCGACAGCCCCGACAGCCGAAAGACCCUUACAGAUAUACGACACCCCAUCACCACCCUAUCCAGUGGCAAUUCCCGGAUUGGUGUACAUUCAACAACCGCAGCCGGGAAUUGUCAAUAUCCCCAACCAGCCACCCAUCCAUGAUGUCCAGUACCCAAGGCCACAGUACCCUCCACAAUCAAUUCCACAACAACCAGGAGUUGUAAACAUCCCCACGUAUCCUUCGCCACAACCGACGAUUUACAAUGUUCCGUCACCCGAAACACCGAUUCAACAGCAGCCUGGAGUUGUCAACUAUCCAUCUUCGGUUCCACAACAGCCAGGAGGAAUAGUAAAUAUUCCUUCUGUGCCACAGCCCGUGCCUGUAGUUCCGCAACGACCAGUAUUUAUACCAUCGCCGGCGAACCCCACACCUGCACCACAGCCUGGAAUAGUGAACAUUCCCCCCGUGCCACAGCCAGUGUAUCCGUCACCCCAGCCGCCAGUUUACGAUGUGAACUAUCCCACGCCCCAGACACCGAUUCACCAGCAACCUGGAGUUGUCAAUAUUCCUUCAGUGCCACAGCCUUCGCCGCAGCCAGGAGUCGUUAAUAUACCUUCGGUGCCCCAACCUGUCUACCCAACACCCCAGCCACCGAUCUACGAUGUAAAUCAUCCUACGAUUCCUCAUCCUCAACCGGCACCCGGAAUUGUGAACAUACCUUCCGUACCGCAACCGCAACCGACACCUGCACCACAGCCGGGAGUGAUUAAUAUUCCUUCUGUACCGCAACCGACACCAGCACCACAGCCGGAAGUGUUUAAUAUUCCUUCUGUACCGCAACCGAUACCGCCGUCGCAUCAACCGCCAGUUUAUGUGCCAACACCCUUGAACUCUGUGCCACCUGCACCACAGCCAGGAAUAAUUAAUAUUCCCUCUGUACCGCAGCCCCGGCCUCCCAUUCAUGACGUCCAUUAUCCAACGCCUCAGACACCGAUCCCUGAAAGACCUGUUGGUGUUGUAAAUAUACCAUCCGUGGCGCAACCAGUGUAUCCCACACCUCAGCCGCCAGUUUACGAUGUGAACUACCCCACGCCAAACUCCCCAGUGCCCCAGAGGCCAGUGAUAGUGAAUAUCCCAUCUCUGCCGCAGCCUGUGGCACCUGUAUCGCAACGUCCAGUAUUUAUACCAUCCACUGUGAGCCCUGUGACACCUGCACCACAGCCGGGAGUGAUCAAUGUUCCUUCUGUGCCGCUGCAACAAGUGUAUCCCUCACCUCAGCCGCCGAUUGUGCAGCGCCCUGCCAUAUACGACGUGUACUAUCCGCCGCCUCCGUCGAUACCAGGUGUCAUCAAUAUACCCUCGCCUCCCCGGCCAGUGUACCCGGUGCCCCAGCAGCCAAUAUAUGUUCCGGCUCCACCAAGGCCAACUCCACACCCACAACCACAGCCGGGUGUAGUAAACAUUCCUUCGAUGCCACAGCCUACGUAUCCGCUUCAGAAUCCACCCAUUCAUGAUGUUAGCUACCCGACACAACGACCAAGUCCCGUGCCGGGUGUCAUAAACGUGCAUUCUGUGCCACAACCAACUCCUGUGCCAAAUCCUGUGCCUGGAGUAAUCAAUAUUCCGUCACAACCAUCACCACCAAAUAUUGUACCAACUCCCGGAGUUUUAAACAUUCCUUCAGUGCCACAGCCUACGUAUCCAACUUAUAAUCCACCGAUCCAUGAUGUUAGCUAUCCAACACCGCAACCAAUUCCCUCUCCUGCACCAGGAGUUGUAAAUAUUCCUUCUGCGCCACAGCCAGUGCCGUCGUCGAUUCCUGGUGUGAUCAAUAUUCCGUCACAACCAUCACCACCGACAGUUAUAGAAAGACCUGGAGUUAUCAACAUUCCUUCAGUGCCACAUCCUACAUAUCCAACACAGAAUCCAACACCUAUUCAGGACGUUAGCUAUCCAACACCACAACCAAAUCCUAUACCAGGAGUUAUAAACGUGCCUUCUGUGCCACAUCCAGUUCCUUCAUCAACGCCAAGUGUGAUCAAUAUUCCGUCACAACCGUCCCCACCGAAUGUACCAGCUCCCGGAGUGGUAAACAUUCCUUCGGUGCCACAGCCCACGUAUCCGUCACAGAAUCCACCUAUCCAGGAUGUCAGUUACCCAACUCCCGUCCCAAAACCUGUGCCUGGAGUGAUCAAUAUACCAUCACAACCAUCACCACCGAUUUAUGUACCAACUCCCGGAGUGGUAAAUGUCCCUUCGGUGCCACAACCUUCUCCUGCGGCACCCCAACAACCUGUGUUCGAUGUCAACAACGAGACUCAGAGGCCACAGCCACAACCCCAACCUACACCUGGAAUUAUCAACAUACCAUCCGUAGCACAACCAGGACCCACUCGUCGACCCAACUAUGAUGUGGCAAGGCCCGUUUUCGAGUUCAAUCCCUGCUACCCAUCGCCCUGCGGACCGUACUCGCAGUGCCACAAUCGCUUUGGAGCGGCCGCCUGCGUCUGUCUGCCCAACUACAGUGGAACUCCGCCCAACUGUCGGCCGGAGUGUGUCGUCCAAUCUGACUGUCCCUCGGCGCUGGCGUGCAUCAAUGAAAAGUGUCGCGAUCCCUGCCCGGGAUCAUGCGGCUAUGAGGCAGUGUGUCGAGUGCAUGAACAUGUGCCCCAUUGCUUCUGUCGCUCUGGAUACACAGGAGAUCCUUUCGUUUCCUGCCAACCAACACCGAUACAGCAUGAACCCAUAGUCCAGAAGGAUCCCUGUUACCCUUCGAUAUGCGGACCCAAUGCGGUGUGUCAUGAUGGGAAAUGCAGUUGCUUGCCGGAAUACCGAGGCGAUCCCUACUUUGGCUGUCGUCCAGAGUGCGUCCUGAACACAGAGUGUGCCCGGGACAAGGCAUGCAUCAAUCAAAAGUGCCAGGACCCCUGUCCAGGAACAUGCGGACUGAACGCACUCUGCCAUGUCUACAACCAUUUGGCGACCUGCUCCUGCCCGGAUAGAAUGCAAGGCGAUGCCUUUGUGCGCUGCGAUCCCAUCCCAGCCACAACAGAGCCGCCUCCAACCACAUUGCCCGCGGUGAUACCACAGCGUACGCCCAUCAAUCCGUGCCGACCUUCGCCAUGCGGACCCAAUGCCAACUGUCGGGCCUAUCAUGAGCAGGCGAUUUGCUACUGCCUCCCGGGAUACAUUGGCACACCACCCGCCUGUCGUCCCGAAUGCACCUCGAACUCCGAUUGUGCUCUGGACAAGUAUUGCCUGAAUCUCAAGUGUCGCGAUCCCUGCCCGGGGGCAUGCGGCAUACGGGCCAUAUGCCACGUGCAGAGCCACAGUCCCCGCUGUCUGUGUCCGCCCCAUCUCACGGGCAACCCCUUGCUAUCGUGUCAGCCCAUAGUUUUGCCACCACCUCCUCGCGACGAUGUUAACCCAUGUCUGCCCUCACCUUGUGGCCCCUACUCCGAGUGUCAGGCCACGGCAGGCGGCUCUGCCCGCUGCUCAUGCCUGCCCCAAUACCCCAGGGGAACCCCACCUCACUGUCGGCCCGAGUGCGUAAGCAGCGCCGACUGUCCAGCCGACAAGGCAUGCAGAAACCAUAAGUGCAUCGAUCCGUGCCCCGGCACCUGUGGCCAACUGGCUCUUUGCCGUGUGGUGUCCCACAGCCCCAUCUGCUAUUGCCCCGAGGGCUACGUGGGCAAUGCGUAUAGCAUUUGUGCUCGUCCUGAGCCCGUGAGGGAUGUGGUUGUACCUGUGCCUGUGCCUUGCCAACCCAGUCCUUGCGGCAUCAAUGCCAUUUGUCGACCCCACCAUGAUAUGAGCGUAUGCCAUUGUCUGCCCGAUUAUUACGGCAAUCCGUAUGAGAUCUGUCGCCCCGAGUGUACGGUCAAUUCGGAUUGCAGAAGUGACAGAGCGUGCCUCGGCGAGAAGUGUCGCGAUCCCUGUCCCGGUGCCUGCGGCCCCAAUGCCCAUUGUCUGGCCAUUAAUCACAGCCCCGUCUGCGAGUGCCACGAGGGUUAUAUUGGCAAUCCCUACCUCGCAUGUCGUAGGGUGCAACAUGAACCCACGCCUCCGGAAUACGUGAAUCCCUGCCAGCCAUCGCCAUGCGGUGCCAAUUCCCAGUGUCGCGAGUCCCAGGGCCAGGCCAUCUGCUCCUGUCUGCCCGAGUUUGUGGGCACGCCGCCCGCCUGCCGUCCCGAGUGUGUGAUCAGUGCCGAGUGUCCUGCGGACAAGGCGUGCAUCAAUCAGAAGUGCCAGGAUCCCUGUCCCGGCUCCUGUGGUCUGAACGCCCAGUGUCAUGUGAGGAAUCACAGUCCGCUCUGCUCGUGUCUGCCCGGGCUCACAGGCGAUGCCUUGACCCGCUGUCUACCUAAUCCCCCACCACCAAAACCACCAAAGUCGGAGGACCCUCCUCGUGAUCCCUGUUAUCCCUCGCCCUGUGGACCUUACUCCCAGUGUCGGGAGGUGAACGGAGGAGCCAGCUGCAGCUGCCUGCCCAAUUAUGUGGGCGCUGCUCCCAACUGCCGGCCAGAGUGCACCAUCAAUGCGGAGUGUCCCAGCAGCCAGGCGUGCAUCAACGAGAAGUGUGGCGACCCCUGUCCGGGUGCCUGCGGCUUUGCCGCCCUCUGCAACGUGAUCAAUCACACGCCGAGCUGCUCGUGUCCCAGUGGCUAUACCGGAGAUCCAUUCACCAGCUGUCGGAUCGUGCCACCAACGCCGCCCCCGACGACUCCGACCUCCGAUCCCUGCCAGCCGUCACCCUGCGGCGCCAAUGCCCAGUGCCGUGAUGGUCAGUGCUCGUGUCUGCCCGAAUAUCAGGGCGAUCCGUACACCGGCUGCCGGCCCGAGUGCGUCCUGAACUCCGACUGUCCGAGGAACAGGGCCUGCGUGCGGAAAAAGUGCAUCGAUCCCUGCCCAGGAAACUGUGCACCGAAUGCCCUCUGCGAUGCCGUCAACCAUAUUGCGAUGUGCCACUGUCCUGAGCGAAUGACGGGCAACGCCUUUGUGUCCUGCUCCCCGCUGCGCGAUGAGCCCCCAGCGCGUCCGCCCAAUCCCUGCCAUCCAUCACCAUGCGGAGACAACGCCCAAUGCCUGGAGAGAAACGACGUGGCCAUCUGCUCCUGCCUGGCGGGCUACUUCGGUCAGCCCCCCAACUGCCGUCCGGAGUGCUACGCCAGCUCCGACUGCUCCCAGGUGCACGCGUGCAUCAACCAGAAAUGUGUGGAUCCCUGUCCAGGACAAUGCGGUCUCAAUGCCAUCUGCCAGGCGGUGCAGCACAGAGCGCACUGCGAGUGCAGUCCCGGUUACACCGGCAAUGCCUACUCCCAGUGUCAUCUCGUGAUUGUGCGAAGACCCGAAUCCAAUGCUGUGCGCGAUCCCUGCUACCCAUCGCCCUGCGGCCCCAACUCCCAGUGCAGCAAUAAGAAGGGUCAGGCGCAGUGCCGCUGCUUGCCAGAGUUCCAGGGCACACCUCCCAACUGCCGACCCGAGUGUGUCAGCAACGACGAGUGCUCCAAUAGCCUGGCCUGCAUCAAUCAGCGCUGCACCGAUCCCUGUCCCGGCAGCUGUGGCCAGAACGCCCUAUGCGUGGUCCGGCUGCACACGCCCAACUGUCAGUGCCCCAGCGGCAUGACCGGGGAUCCCUUCCGCCUGUGCCAAAAACCACCAUUGCAGGAGCCACCAGCCACACCGAAGAACCCCUGCUAUCCAUCGCCCUGCGGCACCAAUGCCGACUGCCGUGUGACCGGCCAGAGCUAUGUGUGCGAAUGCAGCCAGCAGGAGUAUAUAGGGAAUCCCUACGAGGGCUGUCGCCCCGAGUGCGUGGGCAACUCCGAGUGUCCUGCGAACAGGGCCUGUGUGCGCAGCAAAUGCGUGGAUCCCUGCCCGGGAGUCUGCGGCCUGGAGGCGAUGUGCAACAUGAACAACCACAUACCGAUCUGCUCCUGUCCGACAGGAUACACGGGCAAUGCCUUUCUUCAGUGCACGCGCCUGCUGGCCCCACCACCUGUCUCCGAUCCCUGCUAUCCCUCGCCGUGUGGACCCAACUCCGUGUGCCGAGUGCAGAGCGAGAAGGCCGUGUGUGAGUGUUUGCCAGGAUUCUUUGGGAAUCCUCUGGCCCAGGGCUGUCGCCCGGAGUGCACUCUGAGCUCGGACUGCGCCAAGGAUAAGGCCUGCAUCAAUGCCAAGUGCGUGGAUGCCUGCGUGGGCGAAUGCGGCUACGGAGCCGUGUGUCAGACCAUCAACCACAGCCCCGUCUGCAGUUGCCCCGCCAACAUGGUGGGUAAUCCGUUCGUCCAGUGCGAGACUCCGCGCCAAGCAGAGCCAGUGGAUCCCUGCAACCCAUCGCCCUGUCGCAGCAACGGCAUCUGUCGUGUCCACAAUGGCGCUGCCACCUGCAGCUAUCCUGAGUGUGUGAUCAACGAGGACUGCUCCCGCGAUCGCGCCUGCGUUAGCCAGAAGUGCCGCGACCCGUGUCUGCAGGCCUGCGGCCUCAAUGCCAUCUGCCGUGCCAUCAACCACAAAGCUGUCUGCAGCUGUCCACCCGACUUCUAUGGCUCGCCAUACGCCCAGUGUCUGCGGCAGAUCCCACAGCUGGAGCCCCCGAAGCCGGAGUGCGUCAGCGAUGCAGAAUGCACCAAUGACAAGGCCUGCAUCAACCAGGUGUGCAGAAAUCCCUGCGAGCAGACCAAUCUCUGCGCCCAACAGGCCCGCUGUCAUGUCCAGCUCCAUCGUCCGCUGUGCGUCUGCAACGAGGGAUACACGGGCAAUGCCCUGCAGCAUUGCUACCUACUCGGCUGUCGCUCCGACACCGAAUGCGCCCCUACCGAGGCCUGCAUCAACGAAAAGUGUGUGGAUCCCUGCAGCUUCACCCAGUGCGGCGCAGGAGCCACCUGUCGCGCCGACUUCAACCACCGCGCGCGCUGCCACUGUCCGGAUGGAUACCACGGCAAUCCUCUGGUGCGCUGCGAGCGACCGGAGUGCCGAAGCGACGACGAGUGCUCGUUCCAUUUGGCCUGCCGCAACGAGAGAUGCGAGGAUCCGUGCAACUGCGGCAUCGGUGCCCAGUGUCGUGUGGACAACCAUCGCGCCCAGUGCCGCUGCCCGGCCGGCUUCAGUGGAAAUCCCGCCAUACGCUGUGACCUGGUGCCCGUGCAACCCGAGGGCUGCACCAUGGAUGCCGAGUGUCCCAGCAAGCUGGCCUGCUUCUCAGGCGAAUGCAAGAACCCAUGCGCUGUGACCCAUCCGUGUGGCGCCAAUGCCAUCUGCGACGUGGUCGACACACUGCCCCUGCGCACCAUGACGUGCCGCUGUGAGCCUGGCUAUGUGGGUGAUGCCGACAUUGGAUGUCGCAAAGAACCCGCUCAAGACCUGGGCUGCACAUCGCACGAUCAGUGCCAGGAUACGGAAGCCUGUCGCGCUGGCAACUGUGUCAAUCCCUGCCUGGAUGGCUCCCCUUGCGCCCGAACAGCCCAGUGUCUGGCCCAGCAGCAUCGAGCCAUUUGCAGCUGCCCUCAAGGCACCCAAGGGGAUCCGUUCACCAAUUGCUACCAGCCACCUCAAAUCACAGCUGGAUGCACACACGACUCAGAGUGCACGCCAACCACGGCGUGCAUCAAUAAGCGUUGCCAGGACCCAUGUGCCGAGGCCAAUCCUUGUGCCGGCAAUGCCGAAUGUCGUGUGCAGAACUCUCGUCCCACAUGCUACUGUCCCGCUGGCUGGGGCGGUGAUCCGCAAGUCCAAUGUUACAAACCUGAAUGCAAAAUCAAUGCCGAUUGUCCCUACGACAAGGCUUGUUUGAAUGAGAACUGCGUGAAUCCCUGCACCCAUGGACAAGUGCGUUGCGGCAGUGGAGCCCAAUGUUUGCCACAGAAUCACCAGGCUGUCUGCAGCUGUCCGGCCGGCACUCAGGGCAGUCCCUUCGUGGCCUGCAUAACCGGCCAUUGUCAAUACAACGAGGAUUGCGCCGAUCACGAAGCCUGCGACCGCCUAAACCGCGUUUGCCGGCCCGUCUGCGAGCAGGAGACCUGUGCUUUGAACGCCAUCUGUGUGGGUCGACGCCAUCAGCCGCAGUGCGAGUGCCGCGCAGGAUACCAGGGCAAUCCGUUUGUCCAGUGCGAUAUGCCACAGCAAACCCCACAGGCUCCGGAGUGCACACAGGAUGCCGAGUGUCCCUCGAAACUUGCCUGCAUCAACGAACGCUGUGCAGAUCCUUGCGCUACUCCUCAUGUGUGCAGUCCCCAACAGACCUGUGCCGUCCUCGAUACCCUGCCACUGCGCACCAUGAUCUGCAAGUGUCCCAGCGACACGGUCACCGAUAACUCGGGCAACUGUGUGGCCAUCAGGAGACCCAUUGCCCCGCCCAGUGGUGGCUGUCAGCACAGCUCCGAGUGCGCCAAUCCUGAGGUCUGUUCGAAUGGAAACUGCCUGGACGCCUGCCGCCUCGAAAAGUGUGGCGUCAAUGCCCAAUGUACAUCGCGGGAUCACUAUGCACAGUGCAGCUGUCCCGCCGGCUACCAGGGCAAUCCUCGCAUCGAAUGCUAUUCCACAGAGAUCGGCCUGCCGAAGAGUCCAGAGCCAGGCUGUACGCGAGAUGACGACUGCCCCAGGGACAAGACGUGCCGCAACGAAUUGUGUGUGAGUCCAUGUGCUGCGGAUGCCUGCGGCAUCGGUGCCUACUGCCAUGUGCAGCAGAGGAAGGCCAUCUGCCGCUGCCCGCCUGGCUAUUCGGGCAAUCCCAAGGAUCGCUGUCUGCCACCUUCUGAUGUGAUAACCGUCGGCUGCAAGUCCAGUAGCGAUUGUCCUGUGACAGAGGCGUGCAUCAAUGCCCAGUGCGUCAGUCCGUGCAACUGCGGACCGAAUGCCGAAUGCAGCGUUAAGAACCAUCAUCCCAUCUGCUACUGCAAGCCAGGAUUCUCGGGCAAUGCCCAGUUCGGCUGCGUGGCCAUUGGCUGCCAAUCGGAUGACGAGUGCAGUGGUGACAAGCAGUGCUUGAAUCGCGAAUGCAUCAAUCCCUGCCUGGUGGUCGAUCCCUGUGCAUUGAAUGCCGAAUGCUACGGACGCAAUCAUCGUGCCAACUGUCGUUGUCCCGCUGGCCUGGAGGGAGAUCCGUUCGUGCGCUGUCUGCGCCUAGAAUGCCACUCGGACUACGACUGUGCCUCGAACCUGGCCUGUGUAUCCAACCAGUGCGUGGAUCCGUGUGGCCAACAGAAUCCCUGCGCCCAGAAUGCCAUCUGUCAGGCCCUGCAGCAUCGAGCCGUCUGCCGCUGUCCGGAGCAAAUGCCUCUGGGCAAUCCGUAUGCCUACUGCGAACGCCGACCCGUGGAGCCCGUGUGCCGCGAUGAUGGCGACUGUCCCAGCGGUCUGGCCUGCAUCGAUGCCAAGUGCCAGAACCCAUGCACCGAACUCUCGCCCUGUGCCCGCACCGCCCAGUGCAGUGUCCUCGAUAGUGUCCCAGUGCGGACCAUGGUUUGCGAGUGUCCCGAGUCCCAGGUGCCAGACGCCAGUGGCGAGUGCCGCCAACUGGUGCUGGCCAGUCCACCGGGCUGUGAAAGUGACCAGGAUUGUCCCGACCAAGAGGCGUGCAUCCAUCGCCAGUGCCGCAACCCAUGUAACUGUGGCACCAACGCCAUAUGCCAGGUGACCCAACAUCGUGCGGUUUGCAGCUGCCAGGAUGGCUUCGAAGGCAAUCCCUAUGCCGCCUGCCGCUCGAUCGGCUGCCGCGUGGAUGGUGAGUGCGAUUCUGGCAAGGCCUGCAUCAACGGCGACUGCAUCAAUCCCUGCCUCAUCAACGACCCCUGCGGACCCAAUGCCGAGUGCUUCGUGCAGUCAAACCACGCCCAGUGCCGCUGCCUCAGCGGAUACCGCGGCAAUCCGUACGAACGCUGCCGCAUCAUCGGCUGCAGCAGCAACAACGACUGCCCCACGGACAAGACUUGCCAGAACGAGCAGUGCGUGAAUCCCUGCGUCUACCACAAUGCAUGUGCCCCGCGCGCCGAGUGCCGCCCCCAGAACCACCUGGCUGUCUGUCGCUGUCCUUCCGACUUUGUUGGCAAUCCUUACGUGGACUGCCGUCCCCAGCCGCAGCCCGUUUGCGUGCUGGACACGGACUGCCCCUCGCGACAGGCGUGCAUCAACGAACAAUGCGUGGAUCCUUGCCUCGUCCUGGAGCCCUGCCAGCGGCCGGCUCAGUGCCAGGUGACGCCCACGUCUCCAGUACGUACCAUGAUCUGCAUCUGUCCGGAUGGAUACAUCAGCAGCGGUAGCGGCAGCUGCAAGCCCACUACCGGCAUUGUCAAGGUGGGUGGCUGCAUAUCGGACUCUGACUGUGCCGCCGACAAGUCCUGCCUGAACGGCAUCUGCCGCGACCCGUGCAACUGCGGCGUGAACGCCGAGUGCCGCAUCAAGGACCACAAGCCUGUAUGCACUUGUCGCCAGGGCUACGAGGGCAAUCCCGAGUUCGAAUGCGCCAAGAUCGAGUGCAACAUCAAUGCGGACUGCCCCGGCACGCAUGCGUGCCGCAACCAACUCUGCGUGCCCGCCUGCCAGGGUGAACAAUGCGGCUCCAAUGCCCAAUGUUUGGCCAUCAAUCAUCGGGCCGUGUGCGAAUGCGCUCCCGGUCAUGGUGGAAACGCCCGUCUUGGAUGCACGCCACUGGGCUGCCGCACCGACGACGAGUGUCCCACGGACAGAGCGUGUGUGAACGGCAAGUGCAACGAUCCCUGCGCUACAACGGCCAUCUGUGGCCAAGACGAACUCUGCAAGGUCUAUCAGCAUCGUCCGCAAUGCGCCUGCCCGCCCGGUACUGUACCCGGACGCAAUGGAUGCGAAACGGAACGCCAUAUCCCCAUCUGCAUUAGCGACGGCGACUGCCCCAGCCAGAAGGCUUGUCUGCGUGGCGAGUGCGUGAAUCCCUGCAAUGCCACACAGCCGUGCGGCGUCAAUGCUGAGUGCCGCGUGCGCGACACCCUCCCAGUAAGGACCAUGAUCUGCGAAUGCCUCGAGGGCUACACUGGCAAUGCGGCUGUGCAGUGCGACAAGCGAUCGCUCUGCGUCAUCGAAAAGGGCUUCGUGCGCGAUGUGGACGGACAGUGUGUAUGCCCACCGGGCACCGCUCUUGACAUUUACGAGUACUGCACCCCUUGCCAAGUGGAGCAAGGCUUCCGCAUCGACGAAAGCGGCCAUUGCAUAUGCGCUCUAGAGCGUGGCAUGGUCAUCGACGAGCGCGGUCGCUGCACCUGUCCCAUUGAGCUGGGCUACAGCCUGACGCCCCGUGGAGAGUGCCAGCCGGAGGAGCCGCCAGAGUGUACCACCAACGACCAGUGCGCGGACAAUCGGUACUGCAAUCUGGAUACCAAGACCUGCGAGGAUCCCUGCCUGACCAAGGUGUGUGGAGUGAAUGCCUUCUGCAAUGCCAUCAACCAUCGUGCCCAGUGCCAGUGCAUUACAGGCUACACGGGCAAUCCGGAACUGCAUUGCAACCACACCAACUUCCGCACCGACUUCCCCAGACCCGACAUGGUCGUCAGCUGCCUGGCCGAUGGCGUUCAAGUAGAAAUCCACAUCACAGAGCCCGGCUUCAAUGGCGUGCUCUACGUAAAGGGCCACAGCAAGGAUGAGGACUGCCGUCGUGUUGUCAAUCUGAACGGCGAGACGGUGCCACGCACCGAAAUCUUCCGCGUGCACUUCGGCAGCUGUGGCAUGCAGGCGGUGAAGGAUGUGGCCAGUUUUGUCCUGGUCAUCCAGAAGCAUCCCAAGCUAGUCACCUACAAGGCCCAGGCGUACAACAUCAAGUGCGUCUACCAGACGGGCGAGAAGAACGUAACCCUAGGCUUCAACGUGUCUAUGCUGACCACAGCUGGAACCAUUGCCAACACCGGUCCGCCGCCCAUCUGCCAGAUGCGCAUCAUCACCAACGAGGGCGAGGAGAUCAAUUCGGCCGAAAUCGGCGACAAUCUCAAGCUGCAAGUGGAUGUCGAGCCAGCCACUAUUUAUGGUGGCUUUGCCCGCUCCUGCAUAGCCAAGACCAUGGAGGACAAUGUCCAGAACGAGUAUCUGGUCACAGACGAGAACGGCUGUGCCACGGACACCAGCAUCUUUGGCAACUGGGAAUAUAACCCGGACACCAACAGUCUGCUGGCCAGCUUUAAUGCCUUCAAGUUCCCCUCGAGCGACAACAUCCGAUUCCAGUGCAACAUACGCGUCUGCUUCGGCCGAUGCCAGCCCGUCAAUUGUGGUGGCUACAAUGCCUUUGGGCGACGUCGCCGCUCUAUAGCCGACAACUCAAGCGACACGACAGCCAUUGCCACCAACUCAGGGGUUGAGGGUCAGCUACGCGAGGAGAUAACCAUCUCAUCGAAUGCUAUUCUCACAUUCGAGAAGCGCAGCGGUCCAGGCCUGAAUGAUGCCAACAUCAAACCGGCGGCACAGCGAGUGGAGGAUAUAUGCGUAUCGAUGGUGGGACUGAUCAUUGCCUUGGUUAUCACGGCUCUAUUGGCUCUUGUGGCCGUCGCCGUGGCCGUCUCCUGCUGGCUAAUGGCCUACAGAAGGCGACCCAAGACCAUAGCCCCGCUGCCACAUCCGCCAGAGUUCCCCAACCCACUCUUUUCCAAUCCCGACGCUGUGCCCGAGCCAACGCCAGACUACAUCUCCUAAACACAACACUGGAAAAAACACACACACCUAGCUAUAAAACCUUAGUCGAUAAGAAAAAUAAGAAAAAACACCAAUACCAGAGAAAAAGGGUAAUCUUCACAGAAUUUUAAAUUAAUGUGAAUAUUUGAGAGGCACGUGCAAAAAGUUGUGCAAAAUGCAAAACAUCUAAUGAUAUUUCAAUGAAAAUGUUAAGAAUGAAUCAAAGAAAAACAAAAGUACAUUUGUGAGCAGAAAGAAAGAGGAAAAACGGGCCGGAAUAAUGGCCGUAAAACGUAAAACGAAAAAAAGCGAAAGUGUAAAAAGCGAGAAUUGUAUGUAAGCAAAAUGCAUGCAAAUAAUAAUAGUAGCUUAAGAAAAUAAUUUUAUUAUUUGUAUUAACGUUUAAUGUUCUCUCUUCCCCACUAAUAUGAGAAUUUUGCGUAGUGUAGCAGUAGCAGAGUAUUUAUCUUCCACAUGCAUAUGUAGAAUCCAAUCCAGAAACUGCCAAACAGAAUAUGUAGGAGAAGCGGGGGUACCCAGAGUGCAGCUACAAACGAAUUCUCGUCCUCUAACGACAACUUCUUCAUUAGUCGAUUAUCAAUAUUAAUAUUCUGUUAUAUAUAUUACGAUGAUAUAUAUGACUAAAGACUUCCUAUAAAUAUUUAGGGUGUGGGUAGUACCAACGACACUUUGUAUUAUAGCACAGAAACACAAACACACACACACUUCCUGUAACUUUAAACGUGAACUCAACUCGCCUUUUAAAAUUGAAAACUGCCUUGAUUUUCCAACACGAACGAACAAUGCACCCCAGAAUACUCUUUCUCUAGCAGUAUGUAAGAAAUCGUUGGACCUUUCGCGUGUGUCAGAUAUAACCACUUGACAAUAUGCCAACGAUUGUCUCUGAUGGAUUGUACAAGAGCUCAAGAGUUUAACACACACACACACACAGAUGCACACACACACACUCUAAGCUCGAAGCACACGGAAAUAGUUCUAGAAAGAAUAGUUAUAUAACCUUUCACUGCCACUGAGGCGUCAAGCAGCGCACAAAACGAUACAUACUGUCCAUCUAAUGCAUAGGAAAUACUAGGCUUGUUUUAAUUUUAAUUGCAACGACGACGACUAAUGGAGGAUUUGAUUUUGACCACUGUCCACCCACGGCUACUUACCACUGUACCAUUGUACCACUGUACUACUGUACUGUACCACUAGCCUCUACUAUGGUUAACCAAUUAUUUUUGUAGUUUCUUAGUCAAUUAAUAUUAAAUUGUUGUGAUUGUUUUUAAUGCAAAAGAGAUACUUCCACUAAACUUACUAAUAUGUAGGGAACCAAGUAUAAAGAGUACUUUAAAAGGCAACGAACCAGCGCUCCCUUCCUCCCCCAGAACCCUUCUAUCGUCUAUUUCCCCCAGCAAGGAGAGUCCGCUGCUGUCAACGCACCGGAAACUACGCAGCGAAUUUUCGUUUCCGGUGCCUGUUCAUAGAGCGCGACUGUACUUGAUGGGAGUUCAUUGAGAGUAUAGGGAUAUAGGGGGGUGAUGAUCAGCCUGGAUAAUUAAAUUAUUAAAAUGAAGUUUUAAAUAAAUAUUAUUAAACGUAAACAAAAUGUAUAGUCACUACUUUAAGCCGAACGUGAAGCGUUUAGAGACAGAAGAGCACUUCUUUAUAGUGAAAUACCAUAAAAAUAUAUAAACUCGCACUCAGACACGUACACAAAGAGACAGACAUUGUAAAUAAUACGCAGGCAGCAAAACUCUAUGGUAUUUUAGGUAGCGCAUUAUUGUGUAUAGGUUUCCAUACUUUGAUCCUCUCCCAAAUCAGAACCCGAUCCAUGCCAGGCAUAAAAUUAUUUUCUUAAUUCCACAAACACAUGGGCGCACUUCGAUGUACCUAAGUGAGUGCACAAAUUAUUUAAAAUGAUAACCUAAAUGAUCACAAUUACCAAACACUUUUAUUUUUCUUUUAUAACUUUAACAAACAUAUACCAUUUUUUCCGAGCUCUUUUAUAGAGCUCCAAAUAGAGUUCCAUCUGGACAAAACUUUUUGCACUGGCAGCAAAUAUGAUAAAUUCGAAAGAAAGUAAACCCUUAUUGUAAAAAGAACACAAUAGUUCAAUUGUAAUUAUAAAGAAAUGUAUUUAAAACGACAGAAAAUGAGAAACGAAAUUAAUUGUAAUCGCUUAUUGUAAACUAAUAAAUAAAUAAAUAAAUAUAAAUCACAAAA